AUGAGCACCAAACACGACUCAAAGGUUCAUGUACACUAAAUCAUCUGAAUGUAAAGUUAUGAUGUGGCCCUAUUGCAAAUAGAAUACAUGCAGUCAAUGACAAAAUUGACUCAGUCAAACACCCACACAGCCCCUAAAAUUAAGUGGACCCCGAGCUCCCAGAAAUGUUGGGUAAAGUCAGAGAACUCUGUCCCAUAAGGGACUGUACAUUAUUUAUAAUGAGGGAUACCUGGGAAAAAUCAGACCUUUCUGAAAUGAAAAUGGAUGUCCCUCCCUUCAGCAAAAUAAAGUUUUACCCAACCGUCCCUGAAAACUAGGAGAAAAAAAGCAAGUGACCUUCCCCUAUACCCAAAAUAAUAAUUAAAACAUAAAGUGGAUAGCAGAGAAGAUGCCUCACUCCUAGGACAGACCAGGGCUGGGUUUCCCAAAAGCAUCGUAGCACUAAGAUCAUCUUAAUUCCGUUGACACUAAAUGGUCGGAAGAUUAUCUUAGUGCUACGAUGCUUUAGGGAAACCCAGUCCAGAGCCAUAGCUAUGCAGUUUUAGAAACUGGUCUUCAUUUUGUAAGCAUUACAUGGCAAAGUAGCCAGAAGGUUGCAGACAAGGGUAGGGGUGAAAAUAUAUCCAUUUUAAUAAAAGCCCUGUAUGAAUCUUAUUUGACAUGACUGGAGACAAACAGAAUCGUAUUUAAUACCACAACAGAGCAUGACAACGAAUGAGCGCAUGCUGCAGCACCGAAGACGUUUUGAUUUCUAUACAGGCUAUUGUUAAAAAAGGAGUUUGGAACAGUGCUAAAGUUGUCUAUCAACUGUAAAAAUGGAGCACAACAUAACCAGUUACAAUAUGAAGUAUCUGAUCAUCAAUCAAUUCGAGAGAAAAAACAUUUGUUUAACACAGCAGCCGCAUAUCAUCAGGUAGGCUUAUAUGCACUUGUAACUUUGUUUCAUUUGGGAAACUAUAAUUUUCUAAUUUAUUCUAUUUUAUUCCAUAAUAUUAUUGUUACAAAAUAGAUAUGUGUUGAAUGUGAUUAGGGCAUGGGAAUAUAAGGCUAAAUUAACUGCUAGGCUAAAUUAACAAACUAGGCAUGCAUAGCUCACCGCAUGAUCCUCAAACCACAGACUGGCCAAACUCAUGUUUCUAGAAGUGAACUCAAAGUCACUGUAGAAUGACUGUAUAGCCUAAUUUUUUGUUUAAUUAUUAUUUAAUUCUAAGUACUUUAUUGGCAUGUUGUUGAAGUGCUGUUGUUGAUGUGUUGUUGAAAUGCUGAAUGGUCCUGCCAGCCUGUAACAUGUCACAAAUGCUUCACAAUUGAUUUCUAAAAUGGCAGGCUAUAGCCUUGAAUUAAUAGUAACAUAGCCUAAAUAAUAAUUAAUUUAGGCUACCUGGCUUGCUCCUGACUGAUUUUAGCGUUAGUAUGUUAUUUAAUAGCCUGUUGAAAUGUCAAAAGUCAAUUGAUAGUGACAGAAUUACAUAUUACUUCCCAAGCAAAGUCAAUUUUUUUGUCUCCUCGACUAUAGAAGGUUGUAUUGCAGCCUCUGAAUGUCAUAGAGACAAACAAAAUAUAUCCCAUAUGCAUCAGAGUCACGUCUUUCCCCUUGCAUUUUACAGCUUGUUUCUAGCAUUGCGGACUAAAGCAUUGUUAUAGAUCUUUAUACAAUCAGGUCCUUUAAAUGUUUUUCAAAGGGGUAGACCUAUGCUUUUAGCCAUUUCCUUUAACAAAAGCCACAAUAUCCUCACAUACCCCCUCAAUUCGAGCCCUGGUUUUAACUUAACACACCAAGCUCUUCACUGAGACCGAGACAUUUAAGGAGUUACUGAAGGAAUUAGCUGACAAAAUCUAUAGUAGGCCUGUCAAACAGGUAGGCCUAACUCUUAUUUCUUGAAUAGGAAGAAAUAGGCUCCAACACAAAGCACUCUUGAUGUUAGUAGCCUAACAGUACAUUUACUACUGGUGACAUAUGUAAUGGGCAAAAUCUAAGGGCAAACAAUUCACAUAAUGAAACAAUGAAUGCGCAGGAAUUGGCAGGAGACAGUUCUGGAGAGUGGCUCACCUAUAUCUUCGCCACACACACCUCCCCUUCUUGUCUCAACAUUUUAAAUUAUACUCAAGACACAUUAUAUUUUAGAUGCUUUUCACUGACAGCCGCAACUCAAUAAUCAUCUAGGCCUAUUGCCACGUGCGCCUAUUGCCACGUCCAAAUUGUGGGCUUCCCCAAUAGGCAUGGGCCUACGAGCUUGUGAUUUGAAACAAUCCACAACAAUCCCAAUUUUUUUUUUAAAUAAGCUAAUGAUCCUCGAUUAUUCUGUGGCUAAAUCAUGCUUUCUGGUGAAGUAUUUUGAAUUAUUUUAUUUAUUUCUGUAUAGACAGGAGUAAUUGUAUAAUUUUGGCAAAUCUAUUUAUAUUUACUUUCCUAUUGGACCACCGCUAUGCCAUUUCUCUCCUGUUCUAAGUUUCUAUCAGAGAUUUUAAUCUCUGUCACAUAUGGAACCGCUAACAGUUGCGCUGUUUAGAAUGCUUUUUUCCCAGGUGCGCUGUUUAGAAUACUGUUUUCCCGCUAAUUGCAUUUUGGCAAAUUUAAAAAAAUGAUGUUUUAUUGGCUGCUUCAUUACAUUAUUUCCAUGUUCUGUUAAGAACAUUACCAUAAUCUAAAUGUGAUUUCUGUCACUCUGGGCACUGUGCCCAAUGCAUAUGGAUCCGGUAAAUUUCUCAAAUGGCAUGUACAUUUAAAAUCUUCCAGGUCACCUUGUCCGGCACCACAUUUUCCUAACGGAAACCCUGGCACAGAUAUUGCAUAUUUUGGACAAAUAAAAAUAUAUUUUAAAAAGAAGCCUUUGACUCACCUCCUGAAGUGUCACCCUACACAGCACAGUUAUUGGUUAGGCAGCACAAAAGGGUUAACAUCAUCAAGAGCAGGGCAGGCCGGGCUCAUGAUUGGGAAUGCCUAUCCAUUGCAGUGUGCAAUGCAGUGUAGCCUAAUUUCAUAUAAACCAUCCCAGAAGCACAAAAACUCGGGAUGUACAGUGGGGGAAAAAAGUAUUUAGUCAGCCACCAAUUGUGCAAGUUCUCCCACUUAAAAAGAUGAGAGAGGCCUGUAAUUUUCAUCAUAGGUACACAUCAACUUUGACAGACAAAAUUUUUUUUUUUCUCCAGAAAAUCACAUUGUAGGAUUUUUAAUGAAUUUAUUUGCAAAUUAUGGUGGAAAAUAAGUAUUUGGUCAAUAACAAAAGUUUCUCAAUACUUUGUUAUAUACCCUUUGUUGGCAAUGACAAUGGUCAAACGUUUUCUGUAAGUCUUCACAAGGUUUUCACACACUGUUGCUGGUAUUUUGGCCCAUUCCUCCAUGCAGAUCUCCUCUAGAGCAGUGAUGUUUUGGGGCUUUCGAUGGGCAACACGGACUUUCAACUCCCUCCAAAGAUUUUCUAUGGGGUUGAGAUCUGGAGACUGGCUAGGCCACUCCAGGACCUUGAAAUGCUUCUUACGAAGCCACUCCUUCGUUGCCCGGGCGGUGUGUUUGGGAUCAUUGUCAUGCUGAAAGACCCAGCCACGUUUCAUCUUCAAUGCCCUUGCUGAUGGAAGGAGGUUUUCACUCAAAAUCUCACGAUACAUGGCCCCAUUCAUUCUUUCCUUUACACGGAUCAGUCGUCCUGGUCCCUUUGCAGAAAAACUGCCCCAAAGCAUGAUGUUUCCACCCCCAUGCUUCACAGUAGGUAUGGUGUUCUUUGGAUGCAACUCAGCAUUCUUUGUCCUCCAAACACGACGAGUUGAGUUUUUACCAAAAAGUUCUAUUUUGGUUUCAUCUGACCAUAUGACAUUCUCCCAAUCCUCUUCUGGAUCAUCCAAAUGCACUCUAGCAAACUUCAGACGGGCCUGGACAUAAACUGGCUUAAGCAGGGGGACACAUCUGGCACUGCAGGAUUUGAGUCCCUGGUGGUGUAGUGUGUUACUGAUGGUAGGCUUUGUUACUUUGGUCCCAGCUCUUUGCAGGUCAUUCACUAGGUCCCCCCGUGUGGUUCUGGGAUUUUUGCUCACCGUUCUUGUGAUCAUUUUGACCCCACGGGGUGAGAUCUUGCGUGGAGCCCCAGAUCGAGGGAGAUUUUCAGUGGUCUUGUAUGUCUUCCAUUUCCUAAUAAUUGCUCCCACAGUUGAUUUCUUCAAACCAAGCUGCUUACCUAUUGCAGAUUCAGUCUUCCCAGCCUGGUGCAGGUCUACAAUUUUGUUUCUGGUGUCCUUUGACAGCUCUUUGGUCUUGGCCAUAGUGGAGUUUGGAGUGUGACUGUUUGAGGUUGUGGACAGGUGUCUUUUAUACACAUAACAAGUUCAAACAGGUGCCAUUAAUACAGGUAACGAGUGGAGGACAGAGGAGCCUCUUAAAGAAGAAUUUACAGGUCUGUGAGAGCCAGAAAUCUUGCUUGUUUGUAGGUGACCAAAUACUUAUUUUCCACCAUCAUUUGCAAAUAAAUUCAUAAAAAAUCAUACAAUGUGAUUUUCUCAACAAAUUUUUUUUCUCAAUUUGUCUGUCAUAGUUGACGUGUACCUAUUAUGAAAAUGACAGGCCUCUCUCAUCUUUUUAAGUGGGAGAACUUGCACAAUUGGUGGCUGACUAAAUACCUUUUUCCCCCACUGUAAGUACAUUUUCUUCGAAAAAUAACUUUGCCCUGUGCUUCUCCGAGCAUGCUCUUCGUAUAGCCUAGGCCUAUAGUAUAGGCUAUGGAUAAUUUUAUUGAGACCACACUAGGCACACCUGAUAUUACGCGCCCAGCAGAGAAUCAGGGAUGAGGGGCAUCAUCGGGAACACAUUGAGAUACUAUAAUAACAAACUAAUUCUCAAACCCUGAGCAAUAUGACAUUUUAAUCGAUUACAAAUUACAUGACUCUCCCCUUUACUAAAUAAAAAAAUACUAAACCCUCCCCCUAGGAAUUUUUCAACAUGCCAAGGAGUAUCAGCCCAGGCACAUGGCUGGAGUUACAGUGAGGGGAAAAAAGUAUUUGAUCCCCUGCCGAUUUUAUAUGUUUUCCCACUGACAAAGAAAUUAUCAGUCUAUAAUUUUAAUGGUAGGUUUAUUUGAACAGUGAGAGACUGAAUAACAACAAAACAAUCCAGAAAAACGCACGUCAAAAAUGUUAUAAAUUGAUUUGCAUUUUAAUGAGGGAAAUAACUAUUUUACCCCCUCUCAAUUAGAAAGAUUUCUGGCUCCCAGGUGUCUUUUAUACAGGUAACGGGCUGAUUGGGAGCACACUCUUAAAGGGAGUGCUCCUAAUCUCAGCUUGUUACCUGUAUAAAAGACACCUGUCCACAGAAGCAAUCAAUCAAUCAGGUUCCAAACUCUCCACCAUGGCCAAGCCCAAAGAGCUCUCCAAGGAUGUCAGGGACAAGAUUGUAGACCUACACAAGGCUGGAAUGGGCUACAAGACCAUCGUCAAGCAGCUUGGUGAGAAGGUGACAACAGUUGUUGCAAUUAUUCGCAAAUGGAAGAAACACAAAAUAACUGUCAAUCUCCCUCGGCCUGGGGCUCCAUGCAGGAUCUCACCUCGUGGAGUUGCAAUGAUCAUGAGAACGGUGAGGAAUCAGCCCAUAACUACACGGGAGGAUCUUGUCAAUGAUCUCAAGGCAGCUGGGACCAUAGUCACCAAGAAAACAAUUGGUAACACACUACGCCAUGAAGGACUGAAAUCCUGCAGCGCCCGCAAGGUCCCCCUGCUCAAGAAAGCACAUAUAAAGGGCCGUCUGAAGUUUGCCAAUGAACAUCUGAAUGAUUCAGAGGAGAACUGGGUGAAAGUGUUGUGGUCAGAUGAGACCAAAAUCGAGCUCUUUGGCAUCAACUCAACUCGCCGUGUUUGGAGGAGGAGGAAUGCUGCCUAUGACCUCAAGAACACCAUCCCCACCGUCAAACAUGGAUGUGGAAACAUUAUGCUUUGGGGUUGUUUUUCUGCUAAGGGGACAGGACAACUUCACCGCAUCAAAGGGACGAUGGACGGGGCCAUGUACCGUCAAAUCUUGGGUGAGAACCUCCUUCCCUCAGCCAGGGCAUUGAAAAUGGGUCGUGGAUGGGUAUUCCAGCAUGACAAUGACCCAAAACACACGGCCAAGGCAACAAAGGAGUGGCUCAAGAAGAGGCACAUUAAGGUCCUGGAGUGGCCUAGCCAGUCUCCAGACCUUAAUCCCAUAGAAAAUCUGUGGAGGGAGCUGAAGGUUCGAGUUGCCAAACGUCAGCCUCGAAACCUUUAUGACUUGGAGAAGAUCUGCAAAGAGGAGUGGAACAAAAUCCCUCCUGAGAUGUGUGCAAACCUGGUGGCCAACUACAAGAAACAUCUGACCUCUGUGAUUGUCAACAAGGGUUUUGCCACCAAGUACUAAAUCAUGUUUUGCAGAGGCGUCAAAUACUUAUUUCCCUCAUUAAAAUGCAAAUCAAUUUAUAACAUUUUUGACAUGCGUUUUUCUGGAUUUUUUUGUUGUUUUUCUGUCUCUCACUGUUCAAAUAAACCUACCAUUAAAAUUAUAGACUGAUCAUGUCUUUGUCAGUGGGCAAACGUACAAAAUCAGCAGGGGAUCAAAUACUUUUUUCCCCUCACUGAAAGUGUGGACAGAUGAUGCUCUGAGGACAUCCCCCUCCCCCUAGUUGACUCCACUUGACCCCUAGACUGGGGGGGAACAUCCCUCCCCACAUUCCUGGUUUGGCGCUGACUACAGUGACAUUUUGAGUUCCCCUGUCGAACCCCUCAGUCCUGUUGCGAUGUACUGUGCUGAGGACACCAGGGUUGUUGUGUUCAGUAAGGCACACUGUAUUAAAAUGUUUUACGUCAGGUAGUAACUCAAAAUGUUUCUAAAGGUUUUCUUCCUACUGAACAUGACCAAUGGUCUUUAGGCACUCACCACCAUCCCAGUCCCUGUACAUCAGAGGCAGAGCUCUACUAGUCAUUGUGUCAUAUCCUUGAUAUACUGUCUAUUAGCAGACUCAUCUUCUCUCCCAGCUGUGUUGCAUUUGGGAGAACUCUGCUAUGGCGGGCAAUGAGGGAUGAUGGAGGGAAAAGUCAUUGAGUUCAUUAGCCUAGUAGUUUUGAUUAUUAAUCAUUAAUAUUCAUACAUUUUAUUGUAUUAAUCGUUGGGUUGUUUGCUGGAGAUGAGGCAGACAGAGGCUAUGUUCCAAUGUUCAUACUGUACUAGCAUACUACUUAGAAUGCAUGCUCAGCCCAAUACAGUACAUUGCUUCAUUCUAAGUGCCUGUGUGUUUAAGUUAGCGUAACAUAGUCAGUUUUGGUUAAAAAUAUUUCAAACUUAAAGGGAUAGUUUAGCAAUUUUACAUUUUAAGAUCAUCAGCUUUCAAGGUACAGUUGAAGUCGGAAGUUUACAUACACCUUAGACAAAUACAUUUAAACUCAAUUAGUAUUUGGUAGCAUUGCCUUUAAAUUGUUUAACUUGGGUCAAACAUUUCAGGUAGCCUUCCACAAGCUUCCCAUAAUAAGUUGGGUGAAUUUUGUCCCAUUCCUCCUGACAGAGCUGGUGUAACUGAGUCAGGUUUGUAGGCCUCCUUGCUCGCACAUGCUUUUUCAGUUCUGCCCACAAAUUCUCUAUAGGAUUGAGGUCAGGGCUUUGUGAUGGCCACUCCAAUACCUUGACUUUGUUGUCCUUAAGCCAUUUUGCCACAACUUUGGAAGUAUGCUUGGGGUCAUUGUCCAUUUGGAAGACCCAUUUGCGACCAAGCUUUAACUUCCUGACUGAUGUCUUGAGAUGUUGCUUCAAUAUAUCCACAUACUUGUCCUUCCUCAUGAUGCCAUCUAUUCUGUGAAGUGCACCAGUCCCUCCUGCAGCAAAGCACCCCCACAGCAUGAUGCUGCCACCCCCGUGCUUCACGGUUGGGAUGGUGUUCUUCGGCUUGCAAGCCAGCCCCGUUUUCCUCCAAACAUAACGAUGGUCAUUAUGGCCAAACUUUUUGUUUCAUCAGACCAGAGGACAUUUCUCCAAAAAGUAUGAUAUUUUUCCCCAUGUGCAGUUGCAAAUCGUAGUCAGACUUUUUUAUGGCGGUUUUGGAGCAGUGGCUUCUUCCUUGUUGAGCUGCCUUUCAGGUUAUGUCGAUAUAGGACUCUUUUACUGUGGAUAUAGAUACUUUUGUACCUGUUUCCUACAGCAUCUUCACAAGGUCCUUUGCUGUUGUUCUGGGAUUGAUUUGCACUUUUCGCACCAAAGUACGUUCAUCUCUAGGAGACAGAACGCGUCUCCUUCCUUAGCGGUAUGACGGCUGCGUGGUCCCAUGGUGUUUAUACUUGCGUACUAUUGUUUGUACAGAUGAACGUGGUACCUUCAGGCGUUUGGAAAUUGCUCCCAAUGAUGAACCAGAAUUUUGGAGGUAUACAAUUAUUUUUCUGAGGUCUUGGCUGAUUUCUUUUGAUUCUUCUCAUGAUGUCAAGCAAAGAGGCACUGAGUUUGAAGGUAGGCCUUGAAAUACAUCCACAGGUACACCUCCAAUUGACUCAAUUAGCCUAUCAGAAGCUUCUAAAGCCAUGACAUAAUUUUCUGGAAUUGUCCAAGCUGUUUAAAGGCACAGUCAACUUAGUGUAUGUAAACUUCUGACCUACUGGAAUUGUGAUACAGUGAAUUAUAAGUGAAAUAAUCUUUCUGUAAACAAUUGUUGGAAAAAUUACUUGUGUCAUGCACAAAGUAGAUGUCCUAACCGACUUGCCAAAACUAUAGUUUGUUAACAAGAAAUGUGUGGAGUGGUUGAAAAACGAGUUUGAAUGACUCCAACCUAAGUGUAUGUAAACUUCCAACUUCAACUGUAAGUGAACAAAUAUCUAAAUAUGUAAAAUCGCCGAACUAUCCCUUACAUUUUUUAUUUAACAGGGGAACUGAAUUCUUAGAUUAAUUGUAAGACAUAAAACCAUUUCAAACACAGUAAAUGUAUUACAUUUAUUUUCCUUCUUUUCCCAGGAGUCCAUGAAUGCCUUGGCCCUGGAUCUGGACUACCCGGCGCUACGAAAAAACAAAAACAUAGAUGCCUUCUUAAACCGAUGUAAGAGCUUUCCUAGUAGAAUUGCUUUAAUUAAUGCAGACCAUCAUUAUAAGAUUAUCAUGCAUUGCAUUAUCUAGACUUCUUCCAUAUCAGACAUAGCGGAAGACAGGUUCCUGAUUGAUUUACAGUCGACUUCUGAUAUUUGUAUAUUUGAUACUGUUAUGAGUGUGUUUGUGCCUAUUUGAAGCGUGGACAUAUCCGGAGUACAUUAAAAUAAUAUAUAUUUUUGAAUUAGGACAGGUAGAUUAGAUUGCAUUGUUACAGAGUUAGCUCUCACUAUUUUGAGUCCUGCAUUCAGUCGACUUUUUACCAUCCCAAUUCUAGGCUAUGUUCAAUAUUGCAAUCCAUUGUCAUCCUUAGUUACAGGUUUAUAACAACUAACUACAGUUUCUGUAUCAACCCCUGCCUUGCAAUAUUUCAUAUCAGAAUACUAUAUAAUAAGUAGUAUGAAACCUGUAACAUAUAUAAUAUCACCCUAUCCCUAGUAAUUAGUGAUACAAUACAGAUAUAAGAGCAAGUUAUUUUAAAGUAUUACUGACCUUAUCUGUAUCUUACCUAUGGAGGUGUAUAGAGAUCAUUACUUGGAAAUAACCAGUUUUUGCAUGGUCAUUGCCAUUGAUGGCUUCCUCCAUUUGAAAGUAGUCAACUGGAUGGGGAUUCCUAUGGGUUGGGAGCGAUCAGACAAUGAUCAGAGCAUUGUCUGCUUCAAAUAGUUUUGCCUAGUUUGGCUUAAAGCUAAUGGCUUUAAGCAAGAUGACCGCCAUCUAGUGGUCGCAUUAAAUGACUGACACACAAGAUUUGGUUCAAGACUCCAGGACGAAGGUGGUGGGCGGUAAGUCACCAAUAUUAGCUUGGCAUUUUUUUCAAACACCAAAGAAGAAGAAAAUGUACACCUUAAAAUGGAGAUAGCCUCAAUGCUGACCAUGCUGUCACAGAUGCCAUAAUGGCACAGAUACAACGUUGCGAUCUCUAUACAUCUCUAUGAUCUUACCUUGACAUGUAAGUAACCACUGGAACAACUGCAAAGGGGUUUGACCUCUGUAUGCAGGCAGGUCACCCGUCAUAGAAAUCAGUGUUCGACGUCCAUCCAUGUCUCAGGACGUUGGGAGAUGACGUGGAAACCGGCCACUUGGGGGCAACAGUGAGCGUUGUUAACUUCAAGUAGGCUUUGGUUUUGCAAGAAUGUUGUGGACCGGGAUGGCGGAUGGACGUAAGCAUCUGGUUCCAAAUGUUGCAUGUUCGAAUCCAGCGAUAGAAAGUUGGUUACCUUAACCAUUCUGAGUUAAUGCCUAACCUUAAGAAUUCGGAGUUAAUGCCUAAACUUAAACUUGGAAUGAUACAGAGAAGUAACCAAACACUUUGAAAUUUGACGUUUGGAACAACUUCGAAAUUUGACGUUUGAGAAACAUGGAUGAACGUCUAAUUCUUACACGAGACUGUGAGAGGUUGUUGCUGUAUGGCCCUAGCUGACCUCUCCUUAGAACACAACCUUAUGCGAUUGACCUCUGUUUUUGCUAUGGUAACCCGUGUGACCUCUGACAUCUGUGUCUGUCCUGCAGAUGAGAAGGCCAUGGUUAAGAUGCGGGACCUGCAGGUAAAGCUGGAGGACUUUGACAGGGUGAAGAUGAUCGGCAGAGGAGCCUACGGAGAGGUGCAACUGGUGAGAAACGUCCUCCGUGUGUGCACGCGGCAAAGAUACAAUGACAUAGAAACAGAUUAAAAACAUUUACAUUCCUACAUGUAUGUGUGAGUGCUUGUGUGUGUCUACCUCUCCAAGGUGACUGCCUAUGUCUGUACAUCUAGCUGUGUGCAUCUGGUUUUCCUCUGUUUUGCUGCUUCUGUGUGCCUUGUAAUCGAGACAUGUUUAGACAGGUCCGGAGUGUGUGUGUGUGUGUGUGUGUGUGAGAGAGAUUCAUUCUGUGUUUGUGUUUGAAGUGUUGUGUGAAGAGGAGUGGGCUUGGUGAUCUGUGUGUGGUAAAUCACACUUAUGUGCGUACAUGUCCUUUUUUUAUUUUUUUAUUUCACCUUUAUUUAACCAGGUAAGCCAGUUGAGAACAGGUUCUCAUUUACAACUGCGACCUGGCCAAGAUAAAGCAAAGCAGUGCAAUAAAUACCCUUCUGUGGGUAUGUGUCUUUUUUUUCUGUGUUAUGUUGUUUGCAGGACGUUAUGUUAUCAAGGGUCUUCAAUGGCAUUAUCUGCAACUUUUUGUCAUGGUCAAAGUGACAUUGUGUCAUUCCACCAAUUACAGUGCCUUCAGAAAGUAUUCAUACCCCUUGACUUAUUCCACAUUUUGUUGUGUUACAGCCUGAAUUAAAAAUGGAUUAAAUAUAUAUUUUUCUCACCUAUCUACACACAAUACCCCAUAAUGACAUAGUGAAAACAUGUUUUUAGACAUUUUUGCAAAUUUGAUGAAAAUUAAAUACAGAAAUAUCUCAUUUACAUAAGUAUUCACACCCCUGAGUCAAUACAUGUUAGAAUCACCUUUGGAAGCGAUUACAGCUGUGAGUCUUUCUGGGUAAGUCUCUAAGAGCUUUGCACACCUGGAUUGUACAAUAUUUGCCCAUUAUUCUUUUCAAAAUUCUUCAAGCUCUGUCAAAUUGGUUGUUGAUCAUUGCUAGACAACCAUUUCAAGUCUUGCCAUAAAUUUUCAAGCAGAUUUAAGUCAAAACUGUAACUGGGCCAGUCUUGGUAAGCAACUCCAGUGUAGGCCUUGUGUUUUAGGUUAUUGUCCUGCUGAAAGGUGAAUUCAUCUUCCAGUGUCUGGUGGAAAGCAGACUGAACCAGGUUUUCCUUUAGGAUUUUGCCUGUGCUUAGCCCCAGUUAGGUACUUCAUUGUAACCCAGAAAUUAUUUGAUAUCAGUGGUGGCCGUCCAUUAGGACGUUAAGGGUGGUGCACCACUUGUGAUUGGUAUAAAAAAAUAUAUAUAUACAGUGGGGAGAACAAGUAUUUGAUACACUGCCGAUUUUGCAGGUUUUCCUACUUACAAAGCAUGUAGAGGUCUGUAAUUUUUAUCAUAGGUACACUUCAACUGUGAGAGACGGAAUCUAAAACAAAAAUCCAGAAAAUCACAUUGUAUGAUUUUUAAAUAAUUAAUUAGCAUUUUAUUGCAUGACAUAAGUAUUUGAUCACCUACCAACCAGUAAGAAUUCCGGCUCUCACAGAGCUGUUAGUUUUUCUUUAAGAAGCCCUCCUGUUCUCCACUCAUAACUUGUAUUAACUGCACCUGUUUGAACUCAUUACCUGUAUAAAAUACACCUGUCCACACACUCAAACAGACUCCAACCUCUCCACAAUGGCCAAGACUAGAAAGCUGUGUAAGGACAUCAGGGAUAAAAUUGUAGACCUGCAUAAGGCUGGGAUGGGCUACAGGACAAUAGGCAAGCAGCUUGGUGAGAAGGCAACAACUGUUGGCGCAAUUAUUAGAAAAUGGAAGAAGUUCAAGAUGACGGUCAAUCACCCUCGGUCUGGGGAUCCAUGCAAGAUCUCACCUCAUGGGGCAUCAAUGAUCAUGAGGAAGGUGAGGGAUCAGCCCAGAACUACACAGCAGGACCUGGUCAAUGACCUGAAGAGAGCUGGGACCACAGUCUCAAAGAAAACCAUUAGUAACACACUAUGCCGUCAUGGAUUAAAAUCCUGCAGCGCACGCAAGGUCCCCCUGCUCAAGCCAGCGCAUGUCCAGGCCCGUCUGAAGUUUGCCAAUGACCAUCUGGAUGAUCCAGAGGAGGAAAGGGAGAAGGUAAUGUGGUCUGAUGAGACAAAAAUAGAGAUUUUGGUCUAAACUCCACUCGCCGUGUUUGGAGGAAGAAGAAGGAUGAGUACAACCCCAAGAACACCAUCCCAACCGUGAAGCAUGGAGGUGGAAACAUCAUUCUUUGGGGAUGCUUUUCUGCAAAGGGGACAGGACGACUGCACCGUAUUGAGGGGAGGAUGGAUGGGGCCAUGUAUUGCGAGAUCUUGGCCAACAACCUCCUUCCCUCAGUAAGAGCAUUGAAGAUGGGUCGUGGCUGGGUCUUCCAGCAUGACAACGACCCGAAACACACAGCCAGGGCAACUAAGGAGUGGCUCCGUAAGAAGCAUCUCAAGGUCCUGGAGUGGUCUAGCCAGUCUCCAGACCUGAACCCAAUAGAAAAUCUUUGGAGGGAGCUGAAAGUCCGUAUUGCCCAGCGACAGCCCUGAAACCUGAAGGAUCUGGAGAAGUUCUGUAUGGAGGAGUGGGCCAAAAUCCCUGCUGCAGUGUGUGCAAACCUGGUCAAGACCUACAGGAAACGUAUGAUCUCUGUAAUUGCAAACAAAGGUUUCUGUACCAAAUAUUAAGUUCUGCUUUUCUGAUGUAUCAAAUACUUAUGUCAUGCAAUAAAUUGCAAAUUAAUUACUUAAAAAUCAUACAAUGUGAUUUUCUGGAUUUUUGUUUUAGAUUCCGUCUCUCACAGUUGAAGUGUACCUAUGAUAAAAAUUACAGACCUCUACAUGCUUUGUAAGUAGGAAAACCUGCAAAAUCGGCAGUGUAUCAAAUACUUGUUCUCCCCACUGUAUUUGAUACACUGUAUUUGAUACACUGCCGAUUUUGCAGGUUUUCCUACUUACAAAGCAUGUAGAGGUCUGUAAUUUUUAUCAUAGGUACACUUUCACUGUGAGAGACGGAAUCCAGAAAAUCACAUUGUAUGAUUUUUAAGUAAUUCAUUUGCAUUUUAUUGCAUGACAUAAGUAUUUGAUACAUCAGAAAAGCAGAACUUAAUAUUUGGUACAGAAAAUUUGAUUGCAAUUACAGAGAUCAUACGUUUCCUGUAGGUCUUGACCAGGUUUGCACACACUGCAGCAGGGAUUUUGGCCCACUCCAUACAGACCUUCUCCAGAUCCUUCAGGUUUCGGGGCUGUCGCUGGGCAAUACGGACUUUCAGCUCCCUCCAAUGAUUUUCUAUUGGGUUCAGGUCUGGAGACUGGCUAGGCCACUCCAGGACCUUGAGAUGCUUCUUACGGAGCCACUCCUUAGUUGCCCUGGCUGUGUGUUUCGGGUCGUUGUCAUGCUGGAAGACCCAGCCACGACCCAUCUUAAAUGCUCUUACUGAGGGAAGGAGGUUGUUGGCCAAGAUCUCGCGAUACAUGCCCCAUCCAUCCUCCCCUCAAUACGGUGCAAUCGUCCUGUCCCCUUUGCAGAAAAGCAUCCCCAAAGAAUGAUGUUUCCACCUCCAUGCUUCACGGUUGGGAUGGUGUUCUUGUGGUUGUACUCAUCCUUCUUCUUCCUCCAAACACGGCGAGAGGAAAAUCUAUAUUUUUGUCUUAUCAGACCACAUGACCUUCUCCCAUUCCUCCUCUGGAUAAUCCAGAUGGUUAUUGGCAAACUUCAGACGGGCCUGGACAUGCGCUGGCUUGAGCAGGGGGACCUUGCGUGCGCUGCAGGAUUUUAAUCCAUGACGGCGUAGUGUGUUACUAAUGGUUUUCUUUGAGACUGUGGUCCCAGCUCUCUUCAGGUCAUUGACCAGGUCCUGCCGUGUAGUUCUGGGCUGAUCCCUCACCUUCCUCAUGAUCAUUGAUGCCCCACAAGGUGAGAUCUUGCAUGGAGCCCCAGACCGAGGGUGAUUGACCGUCAUCUUGAACUUCUUCCAUUUUCUAAUAAUUGCGCCAACAGUUGUUGCCUUCUCACCAAGCUGCUUGCCUAUUGUCCUGUAGCCCAUCCCAGCCUUGUGCAGGUCUACAAUUGUAUCCCUGAUGUCCUUACACAGCUCUCUGGUCUUGGCCAUUGUGGAGAGGUUGGAGGCUGUUUGAUUGAGUGUGUGGACAGGUGCAGUUAAUACAGGUAAUGAGUGGAGAACAGGAGGGCUUCUUAAAGAAAAACUAACAGGUCUGUGAGAGCCGGAAUUCUUACUGGUUGGUAGGUGAUCAAAUACUUAUGUCAUGCAAUAAAAUGCUAAUUAAUUACUUAAAAAUCAUACAUUGUGAUUUUUGUUUUACAUUCCGUCUCUCACAGUUGAAGUGUACCUAUGAUAAAAAUUACAGACCUCUGCAUGCUUUGUAAGUAGGAAAACCUGCAAAAUUGGCAGUGUAUCAAAUACUUGUUCUCCCCACUGUAUAUAUUACAUCAUUCAAGGAUUAUGUUUAAAAUGUCAAUAAACGUGUCGUUAAUUUGUGUACAUUUUACUAUUUUCAAAAUAUAUUGUUCAAAACAAGCUGUUCAGUUACAUGAUGCUCUGCCAUCAGCAGCUCCGGGCAUUCGGCCUGCCGCCCAGCGCUUGGAUUGCAUUGCAAGGGUAUUACAUUGCUUGCUGUUGGGGGGAACUGCAGUAAUGAGUGAAAAUCCUCACAUGAUUUUCACAGUCAGAUAAUUUGUUUUCACUUGUCACAUCUGUGCUUGUUGCAUUUUUCCUGUGCUUGUGUCACUGAUGCACUCGGGAGCUAGCUGCGCACUGCUCGUUCUAAAAAUAUAACUUUUGGUAAUCAAAACAGUGGCAGCAUAGGCAGCAGUGGUGAUUCUGUUUUUACAUGCAAAAGUUAAUAGGUGUUUAUGCUGUUCUUCAAAUGCACAGAUCACUUUAUAUAUAUAUUCCCAAACAAACAACCGGUAAUUUGAAAACUUGGCUAAUAAUUCUGUCAUGCUGCUUUGUUGACAAUAUGUCAGACGUAAAUAAAUUACUAAUCACAUGAAGUAAAUUAUGAUCUUCAGAAAGCAACAAAAUAACUAGGGCUUUACAAUGAUGGUGAAACUUGGGUUAAAAUCUUUCUAUAACUGACACAGGGUUGAUGGAGGGACAUGUCAAAAUGCUGAAUUUUGGCACUUUAGCAAGCCUUUAUUAGUCUGAUGUAUUGAUUUCUUCAUGUGGUCUAUUUAAUAUAACAGGCUUUUAAAAUGCAAUAUUGGUGCACAAUUUCUACUUAAAAUAUCAAAGGGACGCAAAAGGCACUAUUUUCGUGGAAUGACCCCAUUGCAUUGGAUCUUGUAUCUAUUGGUGACUUUUAUGUUAAACAUGUGUUUCAUGUUGCCUUCUUGUGGAAGGUGUUCCUCGUAAAAAAGAGAUCCUGGAUCUCAGUAGCGUCUACUUGUAUAAAUAAAUGAUGUGUGUGUUUGUGUGAGCUCAAGCGCCUAUGCUUGCACACGUGUGUGUGUGUGUGUGUGUGUCAUAUACCUCAUCAUAUAACUUGGCCCCUCCUCCAGGUCCGUCACAAGGCAUCUCAGAAGGUGUAUGCCAUGAAACAGCUGAGCAAGUUUGAGAUGAUCAAGCGCUCCGACUCUGCCUUCUUCUGGGAGGAGAGAGACAUCAUGGCCUUCUCCAACAGCCCCUGGGUCGUCCAGGUGAGAGGGAGACAGUCACACACACACACAAACGCACGCAUGCACACAUACGCAUACAUGCGCGCACCUACACACGUACAGUACACACACACAGACAUACAGUCAUCUCCAAAAUUAUUGGCACCCUUGAUAAAGAUGAGGAGAAAAUACAUAAUACAAAUACCGAGCUAUAUUGUAUGCACAUCUUUUCUUCUUUAUACUAAUACAAUUGCUCAGAGAAAGAGAUUUUGUUUAACAAGUUAAGAAAUAUAUAUCUUAAAAAGAUUAUCAAAAUUAUUGGCACCCCUAAAGAUUCUUAUAAAUACAUUUUUCAUUAACACUUUACACUCAGCCACUGUCCUCCCAUAUACGGGUUGAAAAUGGCAGAUUUGGUCACUGAUAAGCGCCUAAAUUGGGACUCAGUGGCUGUACAGUAACAUACUAUAUAUGAUGUCAGAACUCAGGCGUGUCACUUUACAGCUGACUGCGGUUCUAAACGUGUGCACCACGCCGUGCGCAAAAAACAAACAAAAAAAACAACAUGUUUAUUCAUAUUGUGAAUAACAUUUGCAGUGAACACGCACUUGAAUGCGCUCAUAACUCCAUUCUAUGCACACCAAAAUUACAAUCUGUUUGUCUGAAGUGCCUUGUGAAAGCCUAACACUGUAAAAUUGUAUUUUAUAACUGCUAGUCAUGUUGGCAAUAGAAUAAGCUUUGAAAUGUUGUCCACCUGACCUAGAUUGCGAUUUAUAAUGGAACGUUUUUGGAUUGCGUAAACAACAACAGUAAUUGUGUGAUGUGUGGACGCAGUGUUCCAAACUUCAGUUACUCAACGGCAAAGCUAGGAGACCUAAAAAAUGCACCUUAUAGUUGACGGCUCUUUCCUUGAGUCAUAAAAGUGCAUAAAAAUUACUUAUGAACUGUGCACAGGUGUGUGUCCACUUGGAGACACCAGUUAGACCUCUCACUCAAACCCUUGUAAUCAUUUUUUCAUAUAUUGUACCAUGAAUAUUCUUAUUAUAUUACUCAAUGUAUCCAGAGUGAAUUGAUUUUAAUUUGUUUGUAUUUUACCCCCUUUUUCUCCCAAUUACGAUCUCGUCUCAUCACUGCAACUGCAAGGUCGAGUUAUGCGUCCUCCAAAACACGACCCGCCAAACCACGCUCCUUAACACCCGCCCGCCAGCCACACCAAUGUGUCUGAGGAAACAGUUAAACUGACAACCGAACUCAGCCUGCAGGUGCCCGGCCACCACAAGGUGUUGCUAGAGCACGAUGAGCCAAGCUGGGUGGGGCAGCGAUCCAGGAGAACGGAGGAGGGCAGCUUCAGUGUCACUCUUGUGGCAGAAUAGGACAUUAUACUGCACGCUGUCGUCAGGGUUCUUCCGGGUCUGGAGGCGGCAGGCAGGGUACUCUCGCAUCACCCCAGGUAGCGCAAACCCACAAUCGGUCAGAGCCCUCUGCUGCACACUGCACCAUACACGUCACCUUCCCUGACUACCCCGUAGUUUCCCAGUGUAAGGCGCUGGUCGAUUCAGGCACAGCUGGGAACUUUAUGGACAGGUCAUUAGCUCUAAGUCAGGUAUUCCAUUGGUUCCCCUAGCCCAUCAAAGCACUUGACAGUUGACCAUUAGGGUCAGGGUUCGUUAGGGAAGUUACUGCACCGGUCACGAAGGUUACCCAAAGGACCCAUAGAGAGCACGUCACAUUUUUUAUUAUUUUGUCCCCUGAUUUCCCUGUUGUGUUGGGUCUUCCCUGGUUAGCACUACACAACCCCACCUUUUCAUGGCCGCAGAGGGUUCUCACGGGGUGUUCGCGAGAGUGUCAGGGUAGGUGCCUAGCUGUUUCCGUUGGUGCAACCACAGUGGAAAGUCCAGACACUUCCUCCACCGUGCGCAUCCCCCCCGAAUACCUCGAUUUGGCGCACGCGUUUUCCAAAACGCAGGCGACCAAAUUACCACCUCAUCGGGCGGGGCGGAUUGCGCGAUAAACCUACGAGUAGAUGCUGUGCCUCCCAGGAGGCAUGUAUAUCCCCUGUCGAAGGCUGAAACGGAUGCGAUGGAGACAUACGUCUCCCGAGUCCCUGCGCCAGGGGUUCAUACUUCCCUCCACUUCGCCUGCCUCCUCAAGUUUCUUUUUUGUGAAGAAGAAAGACGGAGGUCUGCGCCCGUGCAUUGAUUACCAAGCAUUGAACAAGGGGACAAUACGUUAUAGUCAACCUCUGCCCCUCAUCCCAUCUGUGAUCGAGUCAAUGCAUGGGGCGCGCUUUUUCACAAAAUUAGAUCUCCGGAGUGCGUAUAACCUGGUGCGUGUCCGAGAGGGCAUUACGAAUACCUGGUGAUGCCAUACGGUUUGAUUCAUGCUCCAUCCAUUUUCCAGUCCUUUGUGAACGAGGUGUUUCGGGACAUGCUUGGUCACGGUGUAGUGGUCUACAUCGAUGACAUUCUGGUGUAUUCCGCUACGCGCGCCGAGCAUGUGUCCCUGGUUCGCAAAGUGCUGGGCCGACUGUUGGAAAAUGACCUUUAUGCCAAGGCAGAGAAGUAUUUGUUUUUCCAGCAGGCCGUCUCCUUCCUCGGAUACCGCAUUACCACUUCAGGUGUGGAGAUGGAGGUAGAUCACAUUUCAGCCGUGCGUAAUUGGCCGACCACGGUAAAGGAGGUGAAGCGCUUUAUUGGCUUUGCCCACUACUAUCAGAGGUUUAUCGGGGGCUUUGGCAAGGUCGCAGCUCCCAUCACAUCUCUGUUGAAGGGUGGGCCGUCCCGGCUCCGCUGGUCUGCUGAGGCUGACAGGGCCUUCAGUAACCUGAGGGUUCUGUUCACCUCAGCCCCGGUACUGGCCCAUCCCGAUCCAUCACUACCCUCACCAGGACAGGUGGGCCCUAUUCUUCACCCGGUUUGAGUUUACUCUGUCAUACAUCCCGGGUACGAAGAAUGUGAAGGCAGACGUGCUGUCACGACUGUACGACACAGAGGAGAGGUCCAUAGACAACACCCCCAUACUCCCGGCCAGCAGCAUCGUUCUUGUUUGGAACAUCUGUUGACUGCAUUUGACGUAACAGAACAGCAUGAAAACGUAUAGUGAAUCUAACAGAGGAAGCAGCCACAAGAGGAGAGAGAGACUAUAAACAGAGUAAACUAUAAAAACGGACGUUACACGCGGCUGAGUGGCGUUUCACAAUAUUGCAUGCUAUAUGGAUCUCUUGCGAUAUGGAUAUUGCACACGUCAAUAUUGCGAUUUCGAUGUGAAUUCAAUUAUUUGUGCAGCCCUACUUCCAUGGCUUCCUGUUUCACUGGGGUAUAAAAAUGAGGAAACAAGCAUGUAAAAUCAUUUUGUCAUCCAUCACCAUGGGGAAAGGCAAAGAACUCACAAAUGAAAAGAGACAAAUGGUUGUUGACUUUCAUAAAUCAGGCAAUGGGUACAAAAAUCUACUGAAAAAAUAACACUUACCACUAUUAUGGCAACAAAUAAGAGGUUUAAAACCACUGCAAUAGUGGUAAACUUGCCUGGUAGAGGACCCAAGUGUAUCUUGUCCCAACACACAGUGAGCACGGUUUACAUGCACACAAUAAUGCAUUGGAAGAAAAACGAUUUCCCUAAUCAUCCUGUUUACAUGGACACAUCUGAAAUCAGGCUACUGAUGGGACUUUGAUAAAUACUGAAAAUCGGCAAUCAAAAUAAACGUUGUACCACAGUAACCAUGUUAUUUUUGCAAAUAUUUAUUUGAUUCUGAGUUUGGACAUAGAAGGUUUGUAUGUGAAAACUAUUUAUAAGAUGCAUACUUUAAGUUUUUCUGAACUCACUUCACUCACGCAUAAUAAAGGGAGGCUUGCGCUAACCUGUGUUGGCACGUGUGCAAAUCAAAUACACCGCUGGAAUGUCAAUUUAAGCUGUGUACUUGUCCUAAUCAUUUGAAAGAUUACUCAGAAAUCCAGGUGUUUUAAUUGGCGAAUGCUUACUUUGAUUAUGACCUUACGCCGAUUAAGAUAAGCAGAGUACGGUGUUUACUAACGCCAUACUCUGCCUUCUGCCAUAAUCAGUUUAAUAUCUGUAAAUAUACUCAGUGAGGAAGAUGGUUCAGGAGGCAAAGAAAAGUCCAAGGGCCACAGUUGAAGAAUACAGAACUUGGUCGCAUCUUGGGUCACCAAGUUUCCAAAACCAUAAUUAGACGCCACCUCCAUGCCAAUAUGCUAUUUGGAAGGGUUGCCAUAAAGCCUUUAUUGAGAGGAACCAACUAUUUUAAACGCCUGGAGUUUGCUCAACGGCAUUGGCACUUGGAACCGGGUGCUAUGGUCAGAGGAGACAAAAAUAGAGCUCUUUAGUGGUGGGUUUAGCCUCGAAAAAAGGAUGCAUAUGCAGAAAGAACCUCAUACCUACUGUAAAAUACGGUGGUGGAUAUUUUAUUUUAUGGGGGUGUUUAGCUUCCACUGGUCCUGGGGCCCUUGUUAAGGUCAACGGCAUCAUGAACUCUACCAAGUACCAGGACAUUUUAGCCAAAAGGUUGGUUGCCUCUGCCAGGAGGCUGAAAUUUGGCCACGAGUGGAUCUUCAAGCAAGAUAAUAGCCUCAAAAUCCACAAAGAAAUGUUUAGUUGACCACAGAAUUAACAUUUUGCAAUGGCCAUCUCUGUCUCCGGACUUGAACCACAUUAAAAACCAAUACACAUUUUUUUAAAUAAUUUUUUAGAGGGCAUUCCAUACGUGCAGACCGAAGGAUAUCAGGAAUCUGUACAAAUGUUGUAUGGAGUAAUGGUCUAAGAUCCCACCCCAUGUUGUCACGAUCGUCUAAGGAGGGAGAGGACCAAGGCGCAGCGUUGAAAGCAAACAUAUUUAUUUUAUCAAGAUCACACGAUCAAAAACAACGAAACGUGACGUCCUUGGUUACAAAAACAAACCAACACGGAACAAGAAACCACAACACAAAGUGAAAAGACCGAUAGUUAAAUAUGGCUCCCAAUCAGAGACAACCAGCUGUCACUCGUUGCCUCUGAUUGGGAGUCACUCAGCCCAACAUAGAAAAUCAAACAUAGAAUACACACCCUGGCUCAACAUAACAUUGUCCCCAGAACCAGGGCGUGACAGUACCCCCCCCUAAAGGCGCGGAAUCCGACCGCGCCAACUAAAUCCCACAGGGGAGGGACCGGGUGGGCACUCCGCCUUGGCGGCGGAUCCGGCUCCGGGCCUGAUCCCCACUCCCUCUCCAACCCCCCAAAGUACCCCUGGUCCGGUCUGGCCCCGCUGGCCGGAGCCGGACUGACGAUACGCACCCCUGGCUUGGUGCGUGGAGCAGGAAUGGACCGGACUGGGCUGGCGACGCGCACCACAGACUUGGUGCGGAGAGCAGGAACGGGCCGGACAGGGCUGACGAAACGCACCACAGACUUGGUGCGGAGAGCAGGCACGGGCCGUGCCGGACUGAUGACGCACACCACUGGCUUGGUGCGGGGAGCUUGGAUGGGCCGGACUGGGCUGGCGACGCACCCCGUAGGCUUGGUGCUAGGGGCUGGAACAGGCCGGACCGUACUGGGGACACACACCACUGGCUCUACCUCGGGAUCUGGAACGGGCCGGACCGGACUGGUAACACACCCCAGUACCUCUCGCCGUGCCUCUACAUCCUCCAUCCCCUCUUCGACCAGUGGCCCCCGUAACCUGGCGGCCUCCUCUGGCAACCCGCUGGGCCGCUCUAUCGCGGCCUCCUGCUGGUCCGACGUCGUGAGCCCCCCCUUAAAAAAUUUCUGGGGGUCUCUCCUCCCCGUGGGCCAGGCCUCCAUCGUUCUCGCCAGACUCUCACCCCACUGCUCCAAAGUCCAACCUCUCUCCUCUUCUCUUGGCUUGGCCCAGUCGAGACUCCUACUCAACUGCUCCCAAGUCCAUCCUCUCUCUUCUUCAUGCUGCUUGGUCCUGUUAUGGUGGUUUCUUCUGUCACGAUCGUCUAAGGAGGGAGAGGACCAAGGCGCAGCGUUGAAAGCAAACGUAUUUAUUUUAUCAAGAUCACACGAUCAAAAACAACGAAACGUGACGUCCUUGGUUACAAAAACAAACCAACACGGAACAAGAAACCACAACACAAAGUGAAAAGACCGAUAGUUAAAUAUGGCUCCCAAUCAGAGACAACCAGCUGUCACUCGUUGCCUCUGAUUGGGAGUCACUCAGCCCAACAUAGAAAAUCAAACAUAGAAUACACACCCUGGCUCAACAUAACAUUGUCCCCAGAACCAGGGCGUGACACAUGUGUUCUUCAAUCUAAUAAAACAUUAUAGAAAAGGCUGAGUACCUUUAUCCUCAAAAGGGCAGGGUGCACAAAGUAUUAAAAACAAGGGUGCAAAUCAUUUUGAGACCUAUCAUUUUGCGUAUUUUUUUAUAUAUAUCUUUUAUUAUAAUUUUUUAAUAAUUUUUUUCUCUGAGCAAUGGUAUUAGUAUAAAAUUAUAUAAUUCCCCAAAAACUUUGCUCAGUAUUUCUAUUUAUUUUAUACAAUCUUUUUUACAGGAUACACACACAAACUUCUACGGUAUAUGUAUACACACACACACACACACACACACACAAACACUCCUCUCACUUACUGUGAAUCAAUCAUUGUUGUGAUAUACUAUCCUAUCCGCAUGUUUUUCAGCUGUGCUGUGCUUUCCAAGAUGACCACCACCUCUACAUGGUCAUGGAGUAUAUGCCCGGUGGAGACCUGGUCACCUUGACCAUGAACUAUGACAUGCCAGAGAAGUGGGCCCGCUUCUACACUGCCGAGGUGGUGCUGGCUCUAGAUGCCAUCCACUCUAUGGGUUUCAUCCACCGCGACGUGAAACCAGACAACAUACUGCUGGACCAAAAUGGCCACCUCAAGCUGGCUGACUUUGGCACCUGCAUGAAGAUGGACUUGGUGAGUUUUGGUGGUGGAGAUUGGAAAAUAAAACAAAAAUGUGCACCCUCUUUGGCUCCCCAGGACAAGGAUUGGGAAAUACUGGUCUAGGGCCUAGAUUGGGCAUUAAGGGUUUGCUGAGUGAGACUCCAUCCUAACCUGUAAAUUGAGUUGUUAUGGUAAUUCUCUCUGAAAUGCCAAACUCAAGCCCUAAACCAGCAUUUUUUCUGCUUUCGUCUAUUGAGCUAAAAUUGAGAUUAUUUUCAAGUCAAUGAACUGUGUCUGGCUGAAAUCUGCAUUUGAGAGAAUUUCACUGCUCCAGUUGAACACCCUGUGGUUGUCACGAUCGAAGGAGGAGGACCAACGCGCAGCGUUAUUUGCAAACAUACUUAUUUAUUAAUUAACACGAACAAAACAACAAACGAUAACGUGACGUCCUUGGUUAACAAACAUAAACCAACACGGAACAAGAUCCCACAACCACUGUGGGAAAACAGGCUGUCUAAAUAUGGUUCCCAAUCAGAGACAACCAGCAACAGCUGACCCUCAUUGCCUCUGAUUGAGAACCAUUCUGGCCAACAUAGAAACACAACUGACUAGAAUGAGAACAUAGAACAAAACACAUAGACUCUACACACCCUGGCUCAACAUAUUAGAGUCCCCAGAGCCAGGGUGUGACAGUGGUCAGAUUUUGAAUUGUGCAGUGUUAACUUCCCCAGAGAAAUUGCAUCAGAUUUAGUUGCUGAAUCAUAUCUUAUAAGCACAGGUAAAGUGUGGUAAAAAGCUGUUUGACAAAAUGUAUGGGCCAGUUUCCCAGACACUGAUUUAGGCCUAGUCCUGGACUAAAAAGCAUGCUAAAUGGAGAAUCACCAAAGGUGCUUUAUAGUCCCGGACUAGGCUUAACACUAGAACCACUGGGCAUCGAGGAACCCCCCUUCAAGCUAAUGAGCAGUCAUUCUGACUGCAACAUUCUAACAGUGUAAUUAAUACAUUUAAUAUAUGCUAUUGCAAAAAUAAUCAUUUGGUUGUGUUUAUGAAGGUCUUAAGUAACAUUAAAAAACAUUUAUAAAAUGUAUUUCAAAUAACACAAUAGUAUUUUCAUUAGUUUAUGUUACUGUAGGCUAUAUGUAAAAACUGAAAAACACACAAAUUCAAGUGUUCAAUCCAUUUUAUUCGUGGAGUGCCUUUGUUACAACUAUGAAACAGAAAGCAUAUGUUGUAACGUGGUAACGGCUUAUUUUGAUAAUGACCCAAAAAUUAUAAUACCCCAACCACGAAAACGCACGGUCAGCAAGUCGCGCGGUCAAAUGAUGAAAACAUCAGUAGCCCAAACAUAAUUAUAAGCGCAAAGUGUGCUUGAUAAAUAAUGAAAGUCUGCACAAAAGCAAUAAUGGCAUUAUGAAUAUGUGUUGAUAUGACAGCAGUCAAAAAUAGUAAAUUGUCAGGCCGUCCAUGUCACAAGUCACACAAACAAUAAAACAGUGCGUUGCUGAUGUUGUUUUUUGCUUGAGAUGUAGGGUCUGUUCUCUCAGUGAUUACAUUUUGUGCUGAUAAUCGGCCUGUAGCAUUGUCACCGGUUUGUUCUAUCCAAAUGGUGCUGUCCUUUCAUCUCUCCUGUCUCACUGUUUCAUUUGUUGGUGGCUCAGGCAACUGCUCAGUGCGCACCGUUCUGGCUUUUUUGCGCUUAGGCCUUGGAGGGGUAGGUUUCAGGCAGAGGCUCAGAAUCAGAAGAAUAAUCAUCAUAAAUGUCAUGAUUCAUUUCUUCCCCACCAUCUGAAUCAUUUUCAUUCAGAUUUUUUUAAUUACGCACGCUCAAUGUGUACUCCAAGUAGGCCAGAGAAAACUGAUAAGACUGCUUGGACUGCUGUUCUUUAACAAUUGAUGAUUACAUAAUCUAGAAUCCUUAGUUGCUACAUCCAUUUCUGGAGUUAUAAAUUAGAGAUUGAUUCUUGAAGAAUAUAAUGUAUAAAUGCCUCAUGAGUUUAGUUCAGCUAUUAUACCUCAUCAGAACCCCAAAUAUAAGCUUGUUUGUAGACAAUAUGAAUGUAAACAAACACUGUAUAUCCUCAAAACAUGGUUAAAACUAGAAUUUCUAUAGCUCUUUCUAUGAACUUGAGAGUGGUUACAUUUCUCCAGGCCCAUCCCUCAACUUUUUACCUAAAGAGAGGCGGGGUGUCCCUUUGUUAUGGUUUCAAUUAAGGAUUCUAUCUGUAUUCUGUGUUAGCCACUCCGUCCCAAUAGCUUUCACUUAAGGUUACCUGCUUUAACUACGUCUCAGUCUCUAUCUCUGUCUGCCUGUCUCCCCACCUGCCUGUCUGCCUCCCCGCCUGCAUCUUUGUCCGUCUUGUCUAUCUGAUUCCAGACAGGCAUGGUCCACUGUGACACAGCGGUGGGUACUCCGGACUACAUCUCCCCCGAGGUGCUCAAGUCUCAGGGGGGCGACGGCUACUAUGGCCGCGAGUGUGACUGGUGGUCCGUGGGGGUCUUCAUCUUUGAGAUGCUGGUCGGUGAGUGAGUUUGUCUGCCCCAAUUCACUGAUCCUAAAUCAGAAUGGGGUUGAGGGUCUGAUUUAGGCAGACCAUUGGCUUGAAAAAGUUGUCAUUUGAUUUGGAUUGGCGUUAAGCUACAAUAUCAAACAUAGUUUGGUUAACCACGCUUGGGUGAUAAGUAACCUUGCCAGAGACCUCAAUACUUGGCUUUAGCUCAGCGGGCUAACACAGUCUUGUGGUGUGCACUAGACACAGAUUCGAACCCAGUUAGUCACACUACUAAUCUAUUAGUGUGUAUUGAAGCCAGCUUAACCUCCACCUGUAAAGCGUAAAAUAAACCCAAUCAUUGUUAUUUAAAUUUCACCUCUCUUUUUAGGUGACACCCCAUUUUAUGCCGAGUCACUAGUAGGAACGUACGGGAAGAUCAUGGAUCACAAGAAUAACCUUAACUUCCCAGACGACGUGCAGAUGUCCAACGAUGCCAAGGACCUCAUCUGUGCCUUCCUGUCUGACAGGUAUGUGUGUGAUCUCUGACCUAUGAAACACAACCCCAUGACCUCUGUGACCUCUCGGCUCCUUCAAAUUGUGACCCCUCACUUUUCACACUUUCCUGUGGAGGCUGUUACUGCCCUUUAAAGGCACAGUGCAAACAAAAGCUAGAUGUUCCAGUUUUUUUUAUAUACUGAACAAAAAUAUGAACGCAACAUGUAAAGUGUUGGUCCCAUGAGUUUGGUUUCAUGAGCUGAAAUAAAAGGUGCCAGAAAUGUUCCUACGCACAAAAAGCUUAUUUAUCUAAAAUGUUGUGCACAAAUUUGUUUACAUCCCUGUUAGUGAGCAUUUCUCCUUUUCCAAGAUAAUCUAUCCACCUGACAGAUGUGGCAUAUCAAGAAGCUUUUUAAACAGCAUGACCAUUACACAGGUGCACCUUGUGCUGGGGACAAUAAAAGGCCACUAAAAUGUGCGGUUUUGUAACACAAUGCCACAAAUGUCUCAAGGUUUGAGGGAGCGUGCAAUUGGCAUGCUGACUACAGGAAUGUCCUCCAGAGUUGUUGCCAGAGAAUUGAAUGUUAAUUUCUCUACCAUAAGCCGCCUCAAACGUCGUUUUAGCGAAUUUGGCAGUACGUCCAACCGGCCACACAACCGCAGACCACGUGUAACCACGCCAGCCCAGGACCUCCACAUCCAGCUUCUUCACCUGCGGGAUCGUCUGAGACCAGCCACGCUGACAGCUAAUGAAACUGUGGGUUUGCACAACCGAAUAAUUUCUGCACAAACUUGUCAAAAACAGUCUCAGGGAAUCUCAUCUGCGUACUCGUCGUCCUUACCAGGGUCUUGACAUGACUGCAGUUUGGCGGACAACGAACACAAUUGCAUUUUAUCGAUGGCAAUUUGAAUGCACAGACAUACCGUGACGAGAUCCUGAGGCCCAUUGCCAUGCCAUUCAUCUGCCGCCAUCACCUCAUGUUUCAACAUAAUAAUGCACGACCCCAUGUCUCAAGGAUCUGUACACAAUUCCUGGAAGCUGAAAAUGUGCCAGUUCUUCGAUGGCCUGCAUACUCACCAGACAUGUCACCCAUUGAAUGUUUGGGAUGCUCUGGAUCGAUGUGUACGACAGCGUGUUCCAGUUCCCGCCAAUUUCCAGCAACUUCGCACAGCCAUUGAAGAGGAGUGUGACAACAUUCCACAGGCCACAAUCAACAGCCUGAUUAACUCUAUGCGAAGGUGAUGUGUCGUGCUGCAUGAGGCCAAUGGUGGUCACACCAAAUACUGACUCAUUUUCUGAUCCACGCUCCUACCUUUUCUUUAAGGUAUCUGUGACCGACAGAUGCAUAUUUCUUUUACAUUUACAUUUUAGUCAUUUAGCAGACGCUCUUAUCCAGAGCGACUUACAGUUAGUGAGUGCAUACAUUUUUCAUAUCUGUAUUCCCAGUCAUGUGCAAUCUAUAGAUUGGGCCUAAUGAAUGUAUUUAAAUUGACUGAUUUCCUUAUAUGAACUGUAACUCAGUAAAAUCCUAAAAAUUGUUUCAUGUUGCGUUUGUAUUUUUGUUCAGUGUAUAUAUUUACACACUAUGAGGUUGGAAUAAUACUGUGACAUUUAUGAUAAUACCCUUUUAGUGUUAGAGCUGAUUGAAAAGACUGCCUGUUUUGGUGGGAUGGAGUUUUGAUGACAUCACCAGGCGGUAAAUUAGCUAAAGGUAGACAGCAUAGUGGGUCAAUUUCCGCAACAACUAAGAGCAUUGAAGCGUGAGGACCCAGCUCAGCCCAACCAGUCAGCCCCCAGGUGGAGCCCACUUCCUGUUGACAUUAGCAGCUCCCUGCCCCCCUGGGGCCUUUCUGCUGCCGCACAACGCCUGCUUUCUACUCCCCUUCCCUCGGUUUAUUUUUUCUCUCACUUAUUACACUGGCAUUCACACACACACUCCCUACACACUGUCUCAUGCACUCAUUCACCCAUUUAUUCACGCUCAACACAUUAUGUUGUUUACUGACUUACUCACCAAUUCACUCACUCUCUCAUUCAUCGAUUACUUAAUCCGGUCCCUCCCUGUUUUGUUCUCUCUCUCUCUCUCUCUCAUGGCUGAGGCUGGAAUGUCCCACACGUGGCAGCCCAAACUGCCGCACCCCUCUGUACCCUGCACCCUGUGGCAGAUAAGGAGGGAGGAGAGAGAGAGAAAGAGGGGAGGAGUGGAGGAAGGAGGGAGGGAAGUAGAGUUGUGUGUCAGUAAUUGCCUCACUACCCUAUUUUGCUCCUGUGUGGCUUUAUCUAUCUCUAUAUCAGCAACUUACUGGAUCUAUAUUCUCUCAGUAUCACUACUCCUACUGGCUGCAGUUAGACUCUGGUUCUACUGAGUGCUGCAGUGGUUAUGAGGCGGUCCAGUGGACUGUGGUCAGUGCCUAGCGGGCUUGCGGUCACUCCAACUGUGUGGAGGAAAGUGGUGCUUUGCAUUGUGUUCAGGUUGUGGUCGAGUUGCACGUUUGAGUGAGUGACCACUCUCUGACCGCGCCGUCCCAUUGGCUAUGUACAGGGAGGUGCGUCUGGGGAGGAACGGCGUGGAGGAGAUCAAGAGACACCCCUUCUUCAGGAAUGACCAGUGGACCUUCGACACCAUCCGAGAGAGUAAGUGUGUGUCCCCAGUCAUACAGUGUGUGUGUGUUCAGUCAUACAGUGUGUGGGCAUGCGUGCCCAUGUAUGCCUGUCUGUGUGUGCCUGUGUAUCUGCCUAUGUCACCCAACUUCCCAUUUUCAUGAUUUUAAACUACAUACCACAGUUCAUUCCCAUGAAUGGGGCCAUGAAGCAUUAGCCUCCACUUUACUCUCUUUGCUCUAUCAGCAAAAAUGUAGUAGAGAAGUCACAUGGCUAUCAUCAGCACUGCAGCACAGCAACCCUGCAUGAUCAGGGGCUGUAUGUACUGUAUCAAGCGUGUCAAAGAAGGAGUGCUGAUCUAGGAUCAGGUCUUUCCUGCUGUCCAUCUGAUCGUAUUUAUUGUGAUCUAAAAGGCUAAACUGAUCCUAAAAUCAGCACUCUUGCUCUUGAUACAUACAGUUAUCAGAAGGCAGAGCUCAGCUGUGAAUGAACUAUUAUUAAUCACUAAUUACUAAUGGCGCAGUGGUCUAAGGCACUGCAUCGCAGUGCUAGAUGUGCCAGUAGAGAUCCUGGUUCGAAUCCAGGCUCUGUCGUAGCCAGCCGCGAAAGGGAGACCCAUGGGGUGGCGCACAAUUGGCCCAGCGUCGUCCAGGGUAGGGGAGGGAAUGGCCGGCAGGGAUGUAGCUCAGUUGGUAGAGCAUGGCGUUUGCAACGCCAGGGUUGUGGGUUCGAUUCCCACGGGGGGCCAGUAUGAAAAAUUUAAAAAUAAUGUAUGCACUCACUAACUGUAAGUCGCUCUGGAUAAGAGCGUCUGCUAAAUGACGUAAAUGUAAAUUAUUAGACCAUUGCCCUGCGUAAAGAUGUACAGACAUGAAUGCUUUGUCAGUAGUAUGUACAGUCGUGGUCCAAAGUUUUGAGAAUGACACAAAUAUUAAUUUUCACGAAGUCUGCUGCCUCAGUUUUUAUGAUGCCAAUUUGCAUAUAAUGUUAUGAAGAGUGAUCAGAUGAAUUGCAAUGAAUUGCAAAGUCCCUCUUUGCCAUGAAAAUGAACUUAAUCCCCCAAAAACAUUUCCACUGCAUUUCAGCCCUGCCACAAAAGGACCAGCUGACAUCAUGUCAGUGAUUCUCUCGUUAACACAGGUGAGAGUGUUGACGAGGACAAGGCUGGAGAUCACUCUGUCAUGCUGAUUGAGUUAGAAUAACAGACUGGAAGCUUUAAAAAGGAGGGUGGUGCUUGAAAUCAUUGUUAUUCCGCUGUUAACCGUGGUUACCUGCAAGGAAACACGUGCCGUCAUCAUUGCUUUGUACAAAAAGGGCUUCACAAGCAAUAAAAUUGCUGCUAGUAAGAUUGCACCUAAAUCAACCAUUUAUCGGAUCAUCAAGAACUUCAAGGAGAGAGAUUCAAUUGUUGGGAAGAAGGCUUCAGGGCGCCCAAGAAAGUCCAGCAAGCGCCAGGACCGUCUCCUAAAGUUGAUUCAGCUGCGGGAUCGAGGCACCACCAGUGCAGAGCUUGCUCAGGAAUGGCAGCAGGCAGGUGUGAGUGCAUCUUCACGCACAGUGAGGCGAAGACUUUUGAAGGAUGGCCUGGUGUCAAGAAGGGCAGCGAGGAAGCCACAUCUCUCCAGGAAAAACAUCAGGGACAGACUGAUAUUCUGCAAAAGGUACAGGGAUUGGACUGCUGAGGACUGGGGUAAAGUCAUUUUCUCUGAUGAAUCCCCUUUCCGAUUGUUGGGGCAUCCAGAAAAAAGCUUGUCCGGAGAAGGCAAGGUGAGCGCUACCAUCAGUCCUGUGUCAUGCCAACAGUAAAGCAUCCUGAGACCAUUCAUGUGUGGGGUUGCUUCUCAGCCAAGGGAGUGGGCUCACUCACAAUUUUGCCUAAGAACACAGCCAUGAAUAAUGAAUGGUACCAAAACAUCAUCCGAGAGCAACUUCUCCCAACCAUCCAAGAACAGUUUGGUGACGAACAAUGCCUUUCCAGCAUGAUGGAGCACCUUGCCAUAAGGCAAAAGUGAUAACUAAGUGGCUAGGGGAACAAAACAUCAAUAUUUUGGGUCCAUGGCCAGGAAACUCCCCAGACCUUAAUCCCAUUGAGAACUUGUGGUCAAUCCUUAAGAGGCGGGUGGACAAACAAAACCCCACAAAUUCUGACAAACUCCAAGCGUUGAUUAUGCAAGAAUGGGCUGCCAUCAGUCAGGAUGUGGCCCAGAAGUUAAUUGAUAGCAUGCCAGGGCGGAUUGCAGAGGUCUUGAAAAAGAAGGGUCAACACUGCAAAUAUUGACUUUUUGCAUAAACUGAAUGUAAUUGUCAACAAAAGCGUUUGACACUUACGGAAUGCUUGUAAUUAUACUUCAGUAUACCAUUGUAACAUCUGACAAAAAUAUCUAAAAACACUGAAGCAGCAAACUUUGAAGACCAAUACUUGUGUCAUUCUCAAAACUUUUGACCACGACUGUACUUGUUUGCCAUUUUAUUCGGAGAUACAAGGAGGGAUCGAAUAACAUGGGCUCCUCCAUCCUUCCAUCCUCACUGAUUUUGAUAUAAUGUGACAGGAAUCUACUGAAAGUACUUUGGUGGGAUCACGUGCACACACACAAAUGGUGGAAACGCUGCUUGCAGUUAUCCACUGCUGCCAGAUCAGUAAAGUCACCAGGGGAAUGAGGAAGGAAGGAGUUUCACCUGGCUCUGAUUAAGGCAGAGACGUACUGUAACUCCUGCCAAGGCAGUCUGUAACACUAAACCAGAAGGAGUCAUUACUGCACUACUGAACCCCACUGUGUGUGUAUGCGCCUGUGCAUGAGUGUGUUCUUCCUCCUUACCGAACCCCACUGUGUGUCUCAUCCUUUGCGAACUCUAGUAUGUGUGCAUUUGAACCCAACUGUGUACGUGUCUCAUCCUUAGAUCUCCAUUCAACCCAUCGUUGCAACAUCCAUAGCACAUAUCACAGUCAUCAGUUCUCCUAUUGACCUCCCCACUCUCUAGUUUGUGCUGCGUCCCCAUUCUGCACCCUUUUCCAGACGUGUGCACUUGCACAUUGUCCAUUAUGGGUUUAAAAGUGAAUGAUGGGGUUUAAGAAUUGGCUGGGGGGAGUUUCCACAGUUGUCAAAUCUAUGGGAGAAAGUGUGCAAGUGCACACUUAGGGAGAAGGGUAGAGAUUUGGAAUGCAGCCUCCCUCUCUCUAGUCUGCUCAUUGGCUAGUAGGUUAAAGCAUCCCUCUUCCUGACUGUUGCGUGAAAUAAAGCCAUAAAGCUCUCAGAUAUGGAAGUCUGGGUCUGCAUCCUAAAGGGCACCCCAUUCCCUUUUGACCAGGGCCCACAUGGUACGCCAUGUGAUGGCAUGAUUGAGGGGGAGGUGGAGGAAGGGAAGGGGUGGAGAGGGUGUCGGUAGCCACUCUAGGGGCGGGUUGGAUUGGGAUAAUGAGAGGGGGUGCCCCAGAACCGCUGCACCAGGCCCCAGAUCAGAUUUGAGGUACGGUCGCUCCCUCCUCUCUCCACUCUCACUGUGGCCACAGCUGCCUGUCAUUAGCCUACCCACUAUCAGAGCACAUGCUGGGAAAGCAGCGCCGUAAUUGGCCUCCGCAGAGCUGGAGCGGCAUCUCUCUCUGCCUGUCAUUAGCCUACCCGCUAUCAGAGAGCAUGCUGGGAAAGCAGCGCCAUAAUUGGCCUCCGCAGAGCUGGAGCAGCGUCUCUCUCUCCAGUCUCACCGCACAACUCUCUUUUUUCUUUCUUUCGUUCCCUCUCUUUUAUCACUCCCUCUCUGUAUCCAUUUAUCUUUCUUUCCUGUCUUUCAUCCGUCCAUCUCUUGAUCUCUCCCUACUUGAGGGUCUGUCUUAAACCUUGGUUCUCUUUGCCUGGAGCCAGAAUAGAUCCUGUUGAAGAAAGAGGAUUCAACAUGGCGGCUUAGUUUCCUGCAGAGCAGGCUUAGUUUUUCAGCUUUUCGCCUCCUGGCCCUUUAAUUUAUUUCUGUCCGCCUGCUCUGCAGCCGGGGGCCUUUAAAAGUGCAGCAGAGGAAGGGGAGUUAGUUAUAUCUCUCCUGGAGUGUGUUUAGGCUAAAUGUGUGAAAGGCAACAGUGUGUGUUGGGACACAAAGCGGGUACUGUAGGGGGAGAGAGGAGUGGCGGGUCUGGCGUCCGCCCCUCGCCAGCUCGCUCUCUUCUACCUCCUAUGCCCAGUUUCGUUUGGUAUACUACACUCACACACACUCACACAUUCUAUACACACUUAGAAAACUAUACUGUGAAAAUAAUCACACACUAAUUGAGAAUCGGAGGAGCCGACGGUUAGCUCUGUGUUAGUGUCUCUUGAUUGACACCAAUUUUGAGCUGAGUUGGUUGAUUUUAGACAUAUUUUAAUCAGCUACGUCUCCCUCUCCUUUCUCUAUCCAAACCCACACUAUUUCCACCCAUUUUCUGCCCUCUCUCUCUCUCUCUCACACACACACUCUGCUUCUUUAUGACUGCAUCUCUCUGCUCUCUCUCUCACUCUGCCUCUCUCUCUCUCUGCCCCAUCUCCCCCUCUCUGCUUCUCCCGCUUCUUCUCUGCCUUCCUCUCUCUCUUUCUCGUUCAGCCGUGGCCCCAGUAGUGCCAGAGCUGAGCAGUGACAUAGACACCAGUCAUUUUGACGAGAUUGAGGAUGACAAAGGCGAUGUGGAGACCUUUCCCACACCAAGGGCCUUUGUGGGCAACCAGCUGCCAUUCGUGGGCUUCACCUACUUCAAGGAAGACCAGUAAGACUAAUUGGUUUCUAUCUAUUCUAAGAGUUAAGUUUAGUGUCUAUACAGUGUCUGUGUACAUUCAUGUUAGGGUUAUAUUUAGCUUCAAGUGGGCCAAUUAUCUAGGAAUCUGGAUUGGUUUUCUAAAUUUAAAUUGGAAUGAGUCUGCUGUAUGUUUUAAGGGGGUUUUCAUGUUAGCAAACAGUAUUUUUGUAAGGUUCUCUGUACUGUGGGGGGGAGAGUCAAAGAUAGAAGGUAGAGAGUUGUGUGUUUUACACAUGUAGAACUGUAACACUGUUUUAAGCCAAUCGUACAUGCCGUGUCUGUUCCUACUUUACACUGCCUGCUUGUUCCAAUAGCCCUUUUAGUAAAUCGUCUAGGCUAAGGAUCAUGAUCAGUGAAUGGGAAUUGUAGAGCUGCAGUCUGAGCUCGGUGGGUUCUUGAUUGUGCAGGAUGUGUUAUGGGGCGGGAUGCGGGCUUGGGUACUCCGAGGGUGAGGAAGGUUGGCAUGGCUGGCAGGGCACCUCAGGUAAAGCCAGUUUAAAGACCUUUCUCCUCCCUCGCUUCUUCUCCUUCUCUAACAGGCUGCUGAGAGGUGGGAAUAAAGGGAUCUCUGUGGAGGACUCAAAAGACUGUAUGGAGAUCUCUGAGGAAAAAGAGGACAGCGUCAAAGGAGAGGUAGGUCGUUACAUUGUUGCGUACAUACAUGCAUGCAUUUGUGGGUUUGUUUGUAUGUUUUUAAAACACAGCUGGGAGCAAAAGGGAAGAUGUGUGCUCAGAAGGGACAAGACUGACAUUUGAGUACAAAUUCAAUAUUGAAAUGUUCGGUGCAAUGUAGUAGCUCUCAAGACAGACCAAUGGAAUAGAACACUCAGAUUGACCUACUCAGAUGGCCCAAAUACAACCAAGUUCACUCUAGCCUUUUGGGGGACCGAAGCGAGAUUUAGUUGCCCCUCCCUACACUUUUUUCCAUGGGGUGGAGAGAAAAUGUUUCAAUUUCAUAACAAAUUUAAUGCAAUUCUAUUCAUUUGGCCAUGCGGCAGAGAUUUUUUUGUUUUACAACUAAUUUCCUGUAAUUCUACCCAUUUUGCCAUGAGGUGGAGACAAUAUUUUUCAGUUUUGAAGCUAAUUUCCUGAAAUUCUACACAUUUUGCCAUGACUUAUGCCAUGUUAAUGAUAUCUGAGUGAAGGUGACUAACAAAAUCAAUGUGGGCCCCCUGGAGGUCAGGGCCCCUGUGCACGUGCCCAGCGGGACCGUUCGGUAUUCGGCCAUGAUUACUACAAGUUUAAAUAGCUGGCUAGACUAACUUACCAAUCAAAAUAUUAUUAGCUGACAUGACUAAUUGAGUGACUGUCAGUGACUGACAUAACAAGAGAAAAAUUCCUGAUGCACAACCAAAUUUCGAACUUGCACCUUGUGUAUUCUACUAUUCUAACUCUCAACAGUCCUCUCAACAGGCCUGGGGCCCUCAGCGACCGCUUAUGUCGCUUAUGCCUGGAGCUGGUCCUGAGUUCACUAAACAGGUGCCUCGCAAACCCAACAAAAAACAAGGCCUACCCUGAUUCGAAGAUACUCUAUGGCAACUUAUGAAGAAGCGAGAUGCUGCUCCGAAACAGUCUCUAAAAUCUGCCCUAGAUGUUAUGUUUUACAUUUUAGUCAUUUAGCAGACGCUCUUAUCCAGAGCGACUUACAGUAGUCAGUGCAUACAUUUCAUACUUUUUUUUCCUCUUCUCCGUACUGGUCCUCUGUGGGAAUCGAAUUCACAACCCUGGCGUUGCAAGCGCCAUGUUCUACCAACUGAGCCACACGGGACCACAUUGACCAACUCAUCUAUAAAGGACUGAGAAACAAAGUGACAAUGAGUCUCAGGAAAGUCAAAGCCAAUGUCUUUCUCAAUAUCAUCAAUGAAGCAAAAGGGAACAUCAAGGUCAUUUGGAAAAACAUUAACAAACUCACUGGGAAAGGUCAUGCCAAGUCUGGUGAACUACAACUGAAAAUCAAUGGCUUCAGGACAACAGCUCGGUCAUUGCAACCACCUUUAAUGACUAUUUAAUUGACUCAGUCCUAGAGCUGGGCCAAAAGUUCACCCCAAGAGACCUGUCCAUUAUCCCCAGCAAUGACAGCCAUACCGUUUUUUUAUUUAUUUAGAGUCCACUAGUAAGGAAACGGUCAAGAGAGUCCUCUCCUCACUCAAACUCUAAAGCAAAGGAUGUGUAUGGUCUUGAUAUUGUAUUUCUAAAAAUAUACAGUGACAGCCUAACCACCCCAAUUACCCAGAUAGUCAAGUUGUCAAUGCAAGAAAAUGUAUUCCCAAAAGCAUGGAAGACUGCCAUCUUGACCCCUGUACAUAAAUCUGGAGACCAGCAGGAAGUGAGCAACAACAUGCCUAUCAGUAUACUCCCUGUCAUCUCUAAGGUUGCUGAAAAAGUUGUAGGAACAGCUCACAGCACACCUGAAUACAGGGUAUGUCCCUCUUCACCCCAUGCAGCUUGGGUUUAGGGUGAACCACUCAGGGGCAGCAUGUUGUUACCGUCAACCAUAAAGUCCUUCUCUCAAAAUCUCCAGUUUCAACCUCUCCCAAAAUGUUUUUGACUGUGGUUCAGCCUAUAUAUCAAUGAUCUUCCUUCUGUAUGCCAGAGAGUGGAGAUCCAAAUGUACGCUGACGACACAUCAUCUACAUCCAUGGAAAGAGUGCUGAGCAAGUGGCUGCAGAGUUAACGUCAGUUAUGGAAAAUGUUUCACAAUGGCUCAACGACUCCUGUCUCACCCUAAAUGUGGGGAAAACAGUGGCCAUGUAUUUCUCCAUCAAUCAAAAGCAGCAGGUCUACCCCGACAUCCUUAUAUAUGACCAAAAGAUCAAAACUGUCUCAGAAUUCAAUACCUCGGCAUAAUCCUUGAGCCCACCCUCAACUUAAAAAAACAUAUUAAAAAAUGACCAACACAAUCAAAUACAGCCUCGCCAAUUUCCGGUUAAUCAGAAACUCUCUCCAUCAAGGCUUCCAGAAUAUUUUUAUAUGCUUUGGUUUUCUCCCCAUCUCUCCUACUUCAUCACCAGCUGGUCACAAGCAUGUGAGACAUCCCUGAAACCUCUCAAAUCACUCUACAAAGAAGCACUGGAAAUGUUGGACAAAAUAACACGUUACUACUACCACUGCAAUAUAAACACCAAGUUCAACCUGUUUAGUUUUUACAACUUCAUUCUGUUCUCAGAUAUCUGCCUUGUUUACAAGAUAACUCACAAUCUAGCACCUCCACCCCUGAGGUUCUUUGUAAAUCUCUGCUACGAUCAAAAUAGCAGGGUAACAAGAACCUCCACCAGCGGGGACUGAAGCAUCCCCAAACGGUCCACCACCUUUGCACAAUCGGCCUUCUCAUUCAGAGCAGCUAAGAAAUGGAAUGGCCUCCCCUCUGCUCUGAAAACAUGUGGCAGCGUCCAAGCCUUCUCAACUGAGAUUAUCCAAUCAGUCAUGCACAACUUAAAACGCCAUACUGACGUUUAAUGCAACAGAAGACACAUUAGUAAAUAUACAGGUUUAAUUUCAAUAUGUGCAAUAACUGGGCUAUGUACAAUAUUUCCUUUUUAUUAAUAGGUAUAUUACCAUUAUUUAUCCGAUAGCAAUGUGUUUCUAUGUGUAAUGUUUUGAUGUCCUGAUCUCUGUGGGUUUUGUUUACUGUAUGAUGUAUGUUUUUGUAUAUUAUUUUUCCAUGUCUAGAUGAUCACCUAUGUCUAGAUGUUUUAGGGACUACAGAUAGAAAUUAGCUAUUAGCAAAAUCUGGUGCGACAUGUUUUCUCAGUGCUCUGAGACUUAUUUCUUUGGUGUACAUUGUCCCUGCCAAAUAAAAGUAAUAUAUUUUUUUAAAAUAAGAAAUAUAACUCAGAUAAACAAAAUAUAACUUUCAGACAGAAGAAAUAGAACUGUCAUACAAAAUAGAACACUCAGAAAGAAGAAAUGGAACUCAGACAGACUAAAUGGAACUCCUACAGAUAGACAAAAUAGAACUCUCAGGCAGACAGACAAACAAGAACUCUCAGGGCACUAUGUUAACAAACUUAAAGCAAUGGUAAAUAUUAGCGCUGGCGGUAGUACUAUAGGUCCAGGGGUGUGUCAGAAAUAUUUUCACUAUUUUCAUUGCGGGAAUUAUGGCCGCAGUUGCUGGUGGUGGCGCGAAAGGGCUAGGUUUUGAUGAAUAAAUAAAUUGGAGGCUUGACCCCUCACUGGCCGAUCAGAACAUGUUCCAUGACUAAAUAUGUGGUUUCUCCAAGUCUCCUGAGUGGCGCAGUGGUCUAAGGCACUGCAUCGCAGUGCUAACUGUGCCACUAGAGAUCCUGGUUCGAAUCCAGGCUCUGUCGCAGCCGGCCGCGACCGGGAGACUCAUGGGCGGCGCACAAUUGGCCCAGCGUCGUCCAGGGUAGGGGAGGGAAUGGCCGGCAGGGAUGUAGCUCAGUUGAUAGAGCAUGGCGUUUGCAACGCCAGGGUUGUGGGUUCGAUUCCCACGGGGGCCAGUAUAAAAAAUAAUAAUAUGUAUUCACUAACUGUAAGUCGCUCUGGAUAAGAGCGUCUGCUAAAUGACUAAAAUGUAAAUGUGUAUUUACAGUCUUAUGUAUUGCGUUGUCAUCAACUCCAAUUGUAAUGUUAGUCCAUUACAGCCUAGUUUGUUAAAUAGUCUACAGCAGGGAUGGGAAACAUUGAUGGGGGUGGGGGCCACAAAAAAUCUGAACCCAUUAUGAGGGGCCGCAGUAACCUAAGCAACAUUUUGUUCCCAAAUGUAAUGUUUUAUAAACAUAAUGGAACCAUCUUACAGAUCGCAUUCACACUUCUCCAAAAUAGGAGACUGUAAGGGUUGGUGUGAGGUGUGACCCAGGUGCGGUGCAGGAUAGACAGUAGGCAGAGAUGGUGAAACAAGGAUAUUUACUGGUGGUCCAAAAGCCAGGAUAAGACAAAUGAGGAGCACAUAGGUCUCCAAAAAACAGGCUGACAACAAACAAUACGAAAUACUAACUCUGACUGGAAAAAUACAAUGACACAGGGAGAACACUUCUCGAGUACCUGUAACUCCGUCAUGUGAUCCGACACUGAUACGUACUGCUUGACAUCAAGGAACCAGCAGAGAAAACUGACCAAGGGAACACAGGGAUGUGAGGCCAUAAAUACACAGGUGAAUCAGAUAGCCACAGGUGACAACAAUAAGCAGAUAAUUGGUCCCGACUGUGAGUGAGGAGGUGCCUAUGGUUGUCGGAGGUUGACACCUGGUGGGUUGCUCCGGAACUGCGACCCACUCCUGUAACAGGAGACGGCUCCUAAAUUCAAUUGCAUGUGAGCUAGACAUUUUCAUAAAGCCAGAACAGUGAAUAAUUCUAACAAGUUGUAAAAAAAAAAAGAAGAAGAAAAAAAGAAAAACAAGCAAUUUUUUUUUUUUUAACAACAACAGUGUUUCUAAAUAGCUUGGGGUCAGAAGCAUGAUGUCAUAACAUUGACGGGAUAAAAAAGACGCAAAGGAUUGCUGUUGAACCCGUCUUCGUUAUAGCCUAUAGGCCUAGGGUAAGGGUAGCCUACAGAGGGCUUGGUUUUUUAUCAUAUGAAACGGAAAAGCAAUUGUUAUAGGAAAAUAAGUUCUAAACAAGGGUCACCUGCAUCAUUUACAUUUACGUCAUUUAGCAGACGCUCUUAUCCAGAGCGACUUACAGUUAGUGAAUACAUAUUUUUUUUUAUCCUGGCCCCCCAUGGGAAUCGAACCCGCAACCCUGGCGUUGCAAAUGCCAUGCUCUAUCAACUGCUCUACAUCCCUGCCGGCCAUUCCCUCCCCUACCCUGGACGACGCUGGGCCAAUUGUGCGACGCCCAUGAGUCUCCCGGUCGCGGCCGGCUGCGACAGAGCCUGGAUUCAAACCAGGAUCUCUAGUGGCACAGUUAGCACUGCGAUGCAGUGCCUUAGACCACUGCGCCACUCAGUCUCAUCUUUCCGUUUCAUGAUGGGCAUAUGAACACAGGUAGCCUACGUGGAAGGGUUUUUACACACGUCCAAAACAGGAGCUGGCUAAAAUAAUGUAGGCCUUCACAAUACAAAGAACAAAAGGGGAUGUUCGCUAACUAUUUUGCUGCUCCCAAACUUGAUCUUUUAAUAAAGCUUUGGUGAUUCAAGAUUUAUUUCAAAGCAGUCUCACGAGUCAAAUACUUUAUUGAUAGACUUGGUGAACGCAUUGGGCAAGACAAUAAAACAGCCUUCAUCAAGGGGAAGCUAUUUGCUUGGUUUUUAAUUAAAUGAAAACAUUUGGUUUUUAAGUUUAUUAAUACGAGUGUUACCGGCACAAAAAGCACAUCUCCUCUCUUGUUCCAUGAGCAUAAGGGCAUUGUGGAUCACAGCUGGAUAGGUUGCACUUCCGCUAAUAAAAUCCAUGCCGUUACCAACCGCGUUACCGCUAAGACCUUAUUUUCAUUGGUCUUAAAUCUGCCGAUAUGUGCUGCAUGAAAUUGUCACUUUUUGUCAGAAAGACAGACACAAUAGAACUAUCUGACAGACAAACUAGAACUCUCAGAAAAUAUAAAACUCUCAUACAGACAAAAUAUAAUUCUGUCUGACAGACAUAUUGAUAUCUGAGUGUGCAUCUGGUGAGCUUGUUAUCUCUCCCUCCCUCUCCUCUUUAGUCAGAUCAGCUACAAAAGAAGCUCCAUUGUCUGGAGGAGCAGCUCAACCAUGAGAUGCAGGCCAAAGACGACCUGGAGCACAAGUGCAAGUACGGCUCACCUCAGAACACACACACACACAGGCACACACACCACACACACAUUCACACAUGCUCCUCUCUCCCCAGGACUACCACUUGUCGUCUAGAGAAGCUGGUCAAAGAACUCGACGAGGAGGUGAGACCAGCAAUGUACAAUAGAGUUAAUGGUCAGUAAUGUUUUGACUAUGCACAUCACACACUUCCCUGUCCCUGUAGAUGAGCAGCAGGCAGAGAGUGGAGUCUUCUCUGAGGCAGCUGGAGAGAGAGAGGGCCCUGCUGCAGCACCAGAGUGCUGAGAACCUCCGCAGGGUGGAGAUGGAGGCAGACAGGAAACGCAUCCUGGAGAACGAGUGUAAGCUAAGCCCAGUAUACUGAUUAUAAUGAGUUUGUAGUGAGCUUAUAAUGCAUUGUAAGACUUGUCAUAAGCAUGUAUGACCAGCUCAUAUUUUAUUAUCACUUUACAGUGAUCCUGACUAUUACUUGCAUUUGUGUAAUUUUAACAUUCCUUCACAGAUACAAUAACAAGGGCUUGUGCAUGCUUAUAACAAAUCAAGCAUUAUACCUAUUGGCUUUAAGGCCAGGCACCUCAUUAAAUAUGCACAUAUUUGCAUAUCAUGCAAAUCAAUUUUUAUGGACACUGGAUGUUGUCAGCCUAAAUAUUUUGAUUUCAUUUUGUUUAGACACUCCAGGACCAGACUUAUUCAGAAGAGAUUAUGGAUAAAUAUUUUUUUCAUAUUUCUAUCUGUGAAAGUCUAAAGGCAUUUUUGGCAAAUUCUUUUAAGAAAAUGUUAGCUAGAAUAAAAAUUUGCCAACAUAUUAUGAACAAUUCCCUCUGAGUAAGUCUGGAGAAUAUAUCUAAGGAUAACUACACAAACUGUGGUGUAUGUAGAUUCGUCAGAAGCUGAGAAAAAUGUGUUGGCGUGUGGGAAGAGUCUGACUUUAGAGAAUUCGCAGUUAAAGACAAGUACAAUGAAUUUAGUCUACCAAUCGCCAAAUGCCUAUUUUGACCCAAUCACCAUCUCUUCAUAGUAAGUUACUUUAUAGUCCCGUUUCUAACAUUCUCUAUGAAAUGGGCUUAACAAUGAUGGGUGAUUCAGUGUUAAGCCCCAAAAAAAAUGCUAAAUUGGUUAGUAGAUGCAAAACUUUAAUUUUAGCCUGUGGUUCCUGGCUUUAAAGGGAUAGUUCACUCAAAUUACAAAAUUACAUAUUGGUUUCCUUACCCUGUAAGCAGUCUAGGGAGAAGGUAUGACAGCAAUCCAUGCUUUGGUUUUGUUUUCCUGACCAGUGUUUCAAAUGCUAACUUUUUAGCAUUUUUGACACAAAUCUAAUGCAAGUCAGUGGUACCUAAAUAGGCAUUUUCACGCUUCAUGUCCAAAUCAUCUAUAAGUAACUUAAUUGAGAUACACAAUAAAAAAAAUUAUACUUUAGACCAGGGUUUGGAACCAAAAUUAUUUUCUAAUCGUUUCGUUCUGAACAGAACCCCCCCCCCAAAAUUGUUUUGUUCCACUGUUCCGACCAGCAAAAUAAAGUUCUGAACCGGUUUGAUCCCCCAAAAAGUACCGGUUUAUAUAGUUCCUUUCUGUUCCUUUUUUAACCUGUGAAAUCAACAGUUUUUUACAUUUAGCUAAUUAAAUUACUUCACCAAUCAGUGUGGCUAGAGCAGGCAAGCUAGUUGUUUACAUGCGUGAUGGACAGACAAGUGUGGCCUAUGGCGCAAGAUGCGACUGAAAUUUUGUGGGUGGGGAGAGAGCGAGAGAGGGUUGAGGAGGAGGCUUGAAGUGCUGGGUAUCUUGUAAUGACAUGCAUUAUAUGAAUUAGGUCAACAGAAUUAUACCUAGGAGGAGAGGCUUCUAUGGAGGAACUUUGAAUGUCCUUUGUGCUAGCUAACAAGCUUGUGUGUACAGAGCGGCACCAGAAUUAAAAACACGUCUUACCUUUUUGUAGCUUUUAAAUCCAACAUGAAGCAUGAUAACUAGGCCUAUAGUAUCCUUAACUAGCAUUGAAAAAGUGAAUCCAUUCUUCUCUUGCUAAUUAGUAAUCUCUCUUCCUAUCUUCUGAAUCAAGCUUGUAAAGUCAGUACAGUAGCCCAGGGUUUCCCAAACUCGAUUUGGUUUUUGCCCUAGCACUACACAGCUGAUUAAAAUAACCAACUCAUCAUCAAGCUUUGAUUAUUUGAAUCAGCUGUGUAGUGCUAGGGCAAAACCAAAACGUGCACCCGGGGGGGAUUGAGUUUGGGACACCCUGGGCCACUGUACUGACGUUACAAGCUUGAUUCAGAAGAUAGGGAGAGAGAUUUUUUAUUAGCAAGCCCCAGGACCGAGUUUGGGAAACCCUGCAUUAGCCUAAGCAGGGAGGGGCAGGUAGCCUAAACACCAACAGCCAAGGUUUUCAACUUGCAGGCAGACACUGGAAAUGUUGGUGAGUGACAGAAUGAGGGCUUUGCAUAGGCGCUUUGUUUCUUUUUGUUGUGGGACUAGAAAAAAUGCCUGGAACAUAAAAUAACUUAUUAACCGGUUCCCAUGCUUUCAAAAUAACUCUUCUAUUCCAGACAGUAUGGAUCACUUCGUUCCAGGUUCUGUUUCUGUUUCUUGAAAACAGGUUUUCUGUUCUGUUCCCUGAACCGGUUCCAACCCCUGCUUUAGACAAAUGCUAAUAUAGGUCCCAUUGACUUCCAUUGGAUUUACCAUUACCCUGAAUCGCAUGUCCAUCCAUUCCCUCACCAUGUCUAGUAAACAGCCUGCGGGACCAGCUUGAAGAGCUGAAGAGGAGGAACCAGAACUCUCAGAUCUCCAAUGAGAAGAACAUCCACCUGCAGAGACAGGUGAGGGAGAGCAAGCUUGUAUGCAUGUAUUCCUUUGAAUAAGAAUGCUUUAUUAUCUUGUCAUUUUCAGAUCACAUAAAUUAGUGUGUUUUGCUUCCUUAACCCAACAUCUUGAUAAACACACACACACAAACUCCACGAGGGUAUGUAAGCUUGGGUGCCUUGCUCAAGGGCACAACGACAGGAGAUGGCUUCUAAAAUACCUAGAAAAUAUGAUAGCCGACCAGGAAUGGACUGACUACUUUCACUUUAUUGAGUCUUGCUAACAAAAAACGGAAAAAAUUUGCAUCACACAAAUUGCAUAGAAAAUAGCAUAAGAAAACACUUACUUAGGCACAAAAUAUGAUACAGCUUUUUCUUAUUUUUUUCUCGAUUGGGAAACUAUUGAUAAAAAUGGAUUGUUAUAAAGCUUACUUUAAAAACAUUUAAGAACUACAGUUAUUGUACAGUCGGACAGCAGCGUUAGAGUGGCAUUUCUCAGGCGGUUCCUUCUCUCCCUCUAUCUCUCUCAGCUGGAGGAGGCGACAGCGGUGCUGGCCGAGGAGCAGGAGGCGGCUGGGCGGCUGCGGAGGAGCCAGGCAGAGGCCCAGAAGCAGGCCCAGGCCCUAGAGCUCAGCCUCAGGGAGCUGGUGGGCAACUGCACCCAGCUGGAAAAUGCCAAGAUGGGCCUGGAGCAGCAGCUGAUGGACCUGCAGGCCGACCUGGAGGCCGAGAGGAGGGACCGCAGCCUAGGGACAGAGAUUAUACAGGACCUGAAGGGUGAGACUGGGGAUGAGGUUGAGGUUGGGGAUGGGGCUGGGGCUGGAGCAAGGGUUGUCCGAUCGGCAGAGUUUGCACUUUUGGAACUAUUCCAUUGGUUCCAUUGUGACAUGAGUGCCAGAGGGGCAGGGUUUUGCACUUUUGGAACCAUUCCAUUGGUUCUUUUACGCCAGGCAAGUUUAACCAAGCACAACUAGGACCCAGGUCUGCCUGGGAGUAUGUCACUCUUAUAGGGGGACUGUGUUUUGGACAUUGGUCUUUGCGUCCAUUCCGGGGAGGCCGCUACAUGAUAUCAGACAGAACAGUUUGGAACAGGCCUAUGUCGGCCUUCCGCAUCUGCGGUGGUUAGGUUACCAGAUCAGGAAAAACUACGGGCCCCAGAAUUGUUUUUCCGCCACACCAUUCUGGGACCUGUGGUGCCACCUCUGCCUCACAGAUAUGAUACUAAUCUCUGCCUCUGUCUCUCUCACUCCCUCCCCUCUCUCUCUCCUUCUCUCCCACUUUCUCUCUCUGCCUCUCUCACUCCCUUUCUCCCUAUUUCUGUACCUCUGUCUCUCUUUCUCUACCUUUACUCUCGUCCCUACCUCCCUCUCUCCUUCCUCUCUCUCCCCUUCUCUCCAUCUCCCUGUUCUAUAAUUCCACCUCCCUGUCUCGCUCUAUGUCUCAGGGCAUAUCCAGGGUCUGGAGGAGGAGGUGAAGGAAGUGAAGGGUUCUCUCUCCAAUUCACAGAUGGAGAAGAAGCAGCUACAGCAUAGGCUCACUGACAUGGAAAAGGUAAGAGGCCUGGGUCGUGAAAGAUUAGGCACCAAAUGGAAGAAAACGGACUGAAACAGGGAUGACCUACCUCCAGUAGUAAACGUUAAUUAUUGUUUCUGUUGCAAAAUGUGCCAUGAUGAACACAACCCUGCACUUCACUGGGAAGACUUACUCUACAUAACACUCAGGCUCAGUGGGAUUGCCCCAAGCCCAAAUUGACCCCUAGCCCCUACCCUCUACUUGUGGAGAUCUAAGAGGAUUGGAUAGGUAUGAGCAACAUUAUGAAGAUUUUCCUAUCAAAAAGCACGAUACAGUGCCUUCAGAAAGUAUUCACACCUCUUGACUUUUUCCACAUUUUGUUGUGUUACAAAGUGGGAUUCAAAUGUGUAUAUAUAUAUAUUUUUUAAAUUAAAUGAUCUACACAAAAUACUCUGUAAUGUCCCCAAAAUUUUUUUUACAAAGUUAAUGGAAAAUAAACACAUAUCUUGUUUAGAUAAGUAUUCAACCCCCUGUGUCAAUACAUGUUUGAAUCACAUUUGGAAAUGAUUCCAGCUGUGAGUCUUUCUGGGUACAGUGGCUUGUGAAAGUAUUCACCCCUCUUGGCAUUUUUCCUAUUUUGUUGCCUUACAACAGGGGUGUCAAACUCAUUCUAGCUCAGGGGCCACAUGGAGGAAAAUCUAUUCCCAAGUGGGCCGGACCGGUAAAAUCAUGGUAUAUAUAUAACUUAAAAACAACAACUUCAGAUUGUUUUCUUUGUUUUAAUAUGAUCAACAUAAAACAUAAAGCUGGAGCCUGAGGACAGUGUGUCCAAAAUAGUACAAGCACAACAUCACUAUUAAUCAUAAAACACCUCAAGUUUAUUUGAAAAUUCUAAAGAAAAAGAACACACAAUGCCUCAGUGAUUAACAGAACUGUUUCACAGAUCACUGAACUAUAUCAGGGUGUCAUUUCUCAGGCAGAAAUGUAGAUAAAAAUAAUGAAAUCCUGUUCCCCAAACAAGUGCAAGAACCACAGAGUCAAGAAUAGGUUAAAUAUACAAAUAAAAUAAAAACAAUUAAAAACAAUAGCACAUCAACAUAAAAACAUAUAAACAUAAAGCUGGAGCCUGAGGACAGUGUGUCCAAAAGCACAACAUCACUAUUAAUCAUAAAACACCAAGUUAUUUGAAAGUUCUGAGGACAAAGAACACACAAACACACAAUGCCUCAGUGAUUCACAGAAGUAUAUCACAGAUCACAGAACUAUAUCAGGGUGUCUCAUGCAGCACUUUAAGUGGGGUUGCAUAGUUUAUUUGACUCCUGAUACCUGGCAUCUUUUCAUCAAUAUCAGGCGUCACUUCCUCAGUGGCAGCCAACUUCAGGAUGUGAUUCAAGUGCUUGUGCGUGAGCCUUGAGCGCAGCUUUGUUUUAUUUAUGCUCAUUACAGAGAACUUGCUCACAAAGAUAUGUGGUUCCAAACAUGCACAACAGUUUUGCAGUGAGGGCUGUCAAGUUGGGGUAACCUGGCAAGAGAUUCUGAUAAAAUGUGUCCAAGCCAGCUGCGGCAAAUUUGCCCUUCAAAUCCGAGUCACACUGCAAGUCUAUUAUUUCAAGUUGGAUGCUGACGGGCAGAUCAGAGGGAUUCACGGUGAAUGGCGAGCAAAAAACGUUGAAGUCUUUCUCCAGUUCACCAAAAAUCUGAAAGCGUUGCUCAAACUCCCGUAACAGUCCCGUUAUUUUAUCUUUGAACCGCUUCAUGUCUGCCACAUGUUGGGUCGCGCACACAUUUUUCAGACAGGGGAAGUGAGCUGCAUCACCACCGGCGAGUUGCGUCUCCCACAAUGACAGCUUCAACUUGAAAGAACGUAUGCUGUCAUAAUACUGCGUGACAACUUUGUUGCGCCCUUGAAGCUGUUUGUUCAAGUUAUUCAGGUGCUCUGUAACAUCCACCAUAAAUGCAAGGUCCUGCAUCCAUUCUGCGGAAUGAAAUUCUAACACUCCUUUUCUUCCAUGAACUGUUCAAUUUCUUCUCGUAAAUCAAAGAAACGCCUCAACACAGCACCUCGGCUUAACCAUCUUACCUCAGUGUGGUAUGGCAGGCCAUAGAUGUGGUCUUUCUCUCUGAGAAGGCUGUCAAACUGACGGUGAUUCAGGCUUCUGGAUCGGAUGAAAUUAACAGUUUGGAUGACCACCUUCAUGACGUUAUCCAUCUUUAAUGACUUGCAACACAAAGCCUCCUGGUGCAAAAUAGUGAAAAGUCAAAAAAUCACGUCCUCCAUUUGCAGAUUGCACUUUCUCUCUGAACUUUGUCACAACGCCUGCUUUUUUCCCGAUCAUUGAGGGCGCACCAUCUGUAGCCAGGCUGACAGUGCGGGACCAGUCCACUCCGACCCUGUCCAGCGCGUCGACGAGUGCGGUGAAAAUAUCAGCUGCUGUCGUUGUAUCUGUCAUCGGCACCAACUCCACGAACUCCUCGGUGACGGUCAAUGUGUCAUCAACUCCGUGGAUGAAAAUGGCCAGUUGUGCAACAUCUGUAAUGUCUGUGCUUUCAUCAAUUGCAACCGAAAACGCAAUAAAUGACUUUACUUUUUGCUUCAACUGGCUGUCCAAAUCCACUGAAAGAUCGGAAAUCCUGUCUGCAACUAUGUUUCUUGUCAGGCUGAUAUUUACAAAAGCCUGACGCUUUUCAGGGCACACAAACUCCGCUGCCUUCAUCAUGCAUGUUUUUACAAAUUCACCCUCACUAAAUGGUUUUGAAGCCACUGCGAUUUCAUUAGCAAUGAGUUAGCUAGCUUUCACUGCAGCGUCACUGAUGUCUCGGCUGUGAGUAAACACAGACUGCUGUUUCUUCAGACCCGCCAACAGUUCAUUCACCUUCUCUCUUCUCCGCUGUCCUUGAAAGUUGUCAUAUUUGUCGGCAUGAAGACUCACAUAGUGGCGACGAAGGUUAUAUUCUUUCAGCACUGCAACAUGCUGUGAACACACCAAACAUACAGCUUUCCCAUUGAAUUCCGUGAAUAAAUAGGAGGAUGACCAUUUUUCUUGGAACACUCUGCACUCCACUUUUCUCUUUUUUGACAGAGACAUAUUGGGGCAAUGAGGGUGCCAAAGCACAUAAUGUUAAAAGUAGAAGCCGUAAUAAAUAUCGCGGGCAAAACAAAGUAGCUCAUCCGGGCUGGCUGCACGUGCUUGACGUACUUGCUCUGCCCCGGUAUAAACAGUUUGCUUGCUUAACACAAUUGCUAUUGUGCCAUCCAGUGGACGCAAUUGGAACAGCAGUUUAUUUUAUUGAAAAAUUGCUGCGCAUUUUUAUACUUUACAAAAUCAUCUCGCGGGCCGGAUUAAACCCGUUUGCGGGCCUGCCUUACAACCUGGAAUUGAAAUGGAUUUUGGGGGGGAUUGUAUCAUUUGAUUUACACAACAUGCCUACCACUUUGAAGAUGCAAAAUAUUUUUUAUUGUGAAACAAACAAGAAAUAAGACAAAAAAACUGAAAACUUGAGCGUUCAUAACUAUUCACCCCCCCCCCCCCCCCCCCCCCCCCCCCAAAGUCAAUACUUUGUAGAGCCACCUUUUGUAGCAAUUACAGCUGCAAGUCUCUUGGGGUGUCUCUAUAAACUUGGCACAACUAGCCACUGGGAUUUUUGCCCAUUCUUCAAGGCAAAACUGCUCCUGCUCCUUCAAGUUGGAUGGGUUCCGCUGGUGUACAGCAAUCUUUAAGUCAUACCACAGAUUCUCAAUUGGAUUGAGGUCUGGGCUUUGACUAGGCCAUUCCAAGACAUUUAAAUGUUUCCCCUUAAACCCCUCGAGUGUCGCUUUAGCAGUAUGCUUAGGGCCAUUGUCCUGCUGGGAGGUGAACCUCUGUCCCAGUCUCAAAUCUCUGGAAGACUAAAACAGGUUCCCCUCAAGAAUUUCCCUGUAUUUAGCGCCAUCCAUCAUUCCUUCAAUUCUGACCAGUUUCCCAGUCCCUGCCGAUGAAAAACAUCCCCACAGCAUGAUGCUCCACCACCAUGCUUCACUGUGGGGAUGGUGUUCUCGGGGUGAUGAGAGGUGUUGGGUUUGCACCAGACAGUGUUUUCCUUGAUGGCCAGAAAGCUCAGAGUACCUUCUUCCAUAAGUUUGGGAAGUCUCCCACAUGCCAUUUGGCGAACACCAAACGUGUUUGCUUAUUUUUUUCUUUAAGCAAUUUCUUUUUUCUGGCCACUCUUCCGUAAAGCCCAGCUCUGUGGAGUGUACGGCUUAAAGUGGUCCUAUGGACAGAUACUCCAAUCUCCGUUGUGGAGCUUUGCAGCUCCUUCAGGGUUAUCUUUGGUCUCUUUGUUGCCGCUCUGAUUAAUGCCCUCCUUGCCUGGUCCGUGAGUUUUGGUGGGUGGCCCUCUCUUGGCAGGUUUGUUGUGGUGCCAUAUUCUUUCAAUUUUUUAAAUAAUGGAUUUAAUGGUGCUCCGUGGGAUGUUCAAAGUGUCGGAUAUUUUUUUAUAACCCAACCCUGAUCUGUACUUCUCCACAACUUUGUCCCUGACCUGUUUGGAGAGCACCUUGGUCUUCAUGGUGCCGCUUGCUUGGUGGUGCCCCUUGCUUAGUGGUGUUGCAGACUCUGGGGCCUUUCAGAACAGGUGUGUGUGUAUAUAUAUAUAUAUAUAUAUAUACUGAGAUCAUGUGACAGAUCAUGUGACACUUAGAUUGCACACAGGUGGACUUUAUUUAACUAAUGAUGUGACUUCUGAAGGUAAUUGAUUGCACCAGAUAUUAUUUAAGGGCUUCAUAGCAAAGGGGGUGAAUACAUAUGCACGCACCACUUUUCCGUUAUUUUUUUUUUAUUUAUUUUUUUAACAAGUGAUUUUUUUCAUUUCACUUCACCAAUUUGGACUAUUUUGUGUAUGUCCAUUACUUGAAAUCCAAAUAAAAAUCUAUUUAAAUUACAGGUUGUAAUGCAACAAAAUAGGAAAAACGCCAAGGGGGAUGAAUACUUUUGCAAGGCACUGUAUGUUCCGGCCCCCCGACCAUCUGCUCCAGAAAAAAUUGGCCCGCGGCUGAAUCUAGUUGAUGAUCCCUGGGGUAUUGGGUGUAGAUCAGUGACACAAUGUAAUACUUUUUUAAUUCAAGCAGUAACACAACAAAAUGUGGAAAAGUCAAGGGGUGUGAAUACUUUCUGAAGGCACUGUCGAUCUUCUAAUGAUUAAACCUAUUAGAUCUAAUCAUCUCAAGUCCUCUUAGAUCUCUCACCAGGGCAAUCAAUUUGGUGUUGGGCGGAUGUCCCCUCUUUAUCCUGUGGCUGUACACAGAUUACAGCCACACACACAGAGACACACAUACACAGCUGACCUUUGACCUCUGGUUGGGUCCAUUAGGAGAAGAGCAACCAGGAGAUUGACCUGAUGUUCAAGCUCAAGUCGCUGCAGCAGAGCUUUGACAUGGAGCAGGCAGAGCACAAGGCCACCAAGACACGCCUGGCCGACAAGAACCAGAUCUACGAGUCCAUCGAAGAAGCCAAGUCUGAGGCCCUGAAAGGUGAGAGAGGGGGGAAGAAAAGGUAGAGGCGAUUGGGAAUGGAUAGAUGAGGGAAAUGGAGCAUAAGAUAAAAAUAUAUGUGACAAGAAGAAGCAGGGGGAAAAUGGGCCCCACCUACUGAGUGUAUGUGUCACUGUCAACAAUUUGGAUAAAGGUGUUGGCUAAAUCAGGGGUUUUCAAACCUCUUCUCUGGGACCCCCAGCUGUUCCAUCUAUUCUAGCACAUCUGCUUCAACUUGUCAACUAAUCACCAAGUCCUUGAAUAGGUGAAUCAGGUGAGCUAGUUCAGGGCUGCAACAAAAUAGUGAAACAUCUAUAUUAUAUUAUACAAUUGUCUAUUAUUAUCAUAACAUUGUUUCCAUCUUGUGUUUGUCAGGGAUGGAGCGGACGCUGCAGGAGGAGCGGAGCUCCAAGCUGCAGUUGGAGUCCAGACUGCUUCACCUGGAGAAGGAGUACUCCAUGCUGGACUAUGACUACAAGCAGGCUGAGCACAAACUGGACGAGCUGCGCACGCACAAGGACAAACUCGUUGAGGAGGUGUGUGUGUGGGGGGUUCGGGGUUGUGUGUGUGUGGGGGGGGCAAGUCUGUGUGUGUCUCUACAUGCAUUGUGUGUCUGUGUGAGAGAGCGUGUAAAGGUGUGUGCGCGUGUGUGUAUUUAUUUGUGUUUCGUGAAGAUUUCUCUCUCUCUGUUCCAUUAGCUGCAAGAACAGGUCUUGGUGCUGUCUUUACCCUGACUAACCUCACCAUAUUGCUCUCUCUCUCUCUCUCUCUCUCUCUCUCUCUCGCUCUCUCUCUCUCUCUCUCUCUCUCUCUCUCUCUCUCCUCCCUCUAGGUGAAGAACCUGACCCUGUGUAUGGAGCAGGAGGAGCUGAAGCGCAGGCUGAGCCAGAAUGACCUGAAGGCCCAAACCCAGCAGGUGAACGCCCUGUGCUCCUCGGAGAAGCAGCUGAAGCAGGAGCGCAACCACCUGCUAGACAUGAAGCACAGCCUGGAGAAACAGAGCCAGGAGCUACGCAGGUAGAGGGGAUAACGCACACACACAUGCUUUAUACACACAUACACAGUCGGGCUGGCUUGGACAUACAGUAUGUGUGUGUGAGAGAGAGGAUGUGAUGGCGAAUAGAUGUUACUCAUCAUUAGGUAUCAAUUCUGUCUUCCCCAUGCCUUACGUGGUGGGAGUUGUGUGUGUCGCUUGUUUUAGAUUGAUUUGACAUGGCAGUGAUUGAAAGUUAUUUUGUCCAAUCACAGGGAGAGACAGGAGGCUGACGGACAGCUGAAGGAGUUGAAGGACCAGCUGGAGGCGGAACAGUAUUUCACGGUACUGUUGACUUCUAGUCACUCUCCCAAAGUGUGCAAAGACUUUCCCCAAAUUACCAGAAAUCCUGGUUGGAAUACUCCUGAGAAGUUUUGGAAAGUUACCAGAAUUUUUGCAACCCUAAGAAAUACUAUUAUUAGCAGUUUCUCAGUCUAGUAAUUCUGCUUUCCAGUGUAUGGUUAUGUCCCAAAUGGCACCCUAUCCCCUCUAUAGUGCAAUACUUUUGACCAGAGCCCUAUUGGCCCUGGUUAAAAGUAGUGCACUACAGAGGAAAUAGGGUGCCAUUUGGGACGUACCAUGGUUGGUGUGUGUUGACAUGACUGUGUCCUCUUUGCCAGACCCUGUACAAGACCCAGAUCCGGGAGCUGAAGGAGGAGUGUGAUGAGAGGAACAAGCUGUAUAAGGACAUUCUGCGGAGACUAGAGGAGAACCAGGAGGAGAGGUACUGGAACAGGAUCCUACCAUAAACUAUGCCUUGACAUUAGGGUUUGCGAAAUUACAGUAACUUUUCCCAAAAUUCCCAAAACCCUGGGAAUUCCUAGAAAGUUACCGGAAUUUUACAACCCUACCUGACGCUCAAUUAUAUCUUUGUUCACACUACUGAGCCGAGCUGUACUGCACGGGUCUGGUUACACAUCCACCGUAGUUGCUGGACCCAUGGUGGAAAGAACCAUUUUGAAAGGAAGAUAUCAUCUUGAACCUCUGAGCACUUCUAACAAGCUCUUGGAGAUUAGUGUCAUUAGCACAAAGUGAAUCUCUCAUGGACAAAUGGUACCACUUAUGUUUAAGUAGUCUGUCCACGAGUGAUUAGCAUGUAAUAAUGCGUUCCACCCUUAUCAUUGGGAAAUGAUAGCCAGACAAUACUGCAGGUAAUAUGAUCAGAGCAUAACCUAACCUAACCUCUUGUGAUGCCUAGUCUACAGGUGAUGUGCCAUCAAUCACCAUAUCACAAACACAAUGAGCUUUGAGCAUCUGACCAAAUUUUAGAUUAUUAGCACUCACUGUAAAGUCACACAGACAAACUUUAAGCUCUAAACUCUUGUUACAGCCAGCCCUGAGGUCCAAUGCAGACGUUUUUAUCUCAAUAUCAAAUCAUUUCUGGGUAACAAUUAAGUAUUGUUUUCAAUUAAAAUGGUGGGGAGGGGAAAACUGAAAACUAGCUGUUAUUGGCAGAGAGGUUUUGAACUCUUUCUUAUUGGUCUAUUAACUAAUUUAGUUAAUAGACCAAUAUAGACCAGGCAGGCCAAAACUCCAUCCCACCAAAACAGGCUGACACUAAACAGCUCUUAGACUAUUACACUAAAAGGGCAUUAUCAUAAUUUUCACAAUUUCACUGUAUUAUUCUAACCUCAUAGUGUGGAAGUAUAUAUAAAACACAGGAAAAUCACGUUUUUGACUUGACUGCACUUUUAAUAGAAGUGGAUAUGGAACUCAUUGAUAUACUUAGGCCUAACCUCGGGCCAGCCUUCUCCUAUUACAGAGUUUGGCAAUGCAAGAUUAAUGUAUUCCUAGGUCAAGUGACCGUCCCGACAUACAGUACAGGACACUGAUGUCAUUAGCUUAAUUUUCCCAUAUUAUAGUGCAAAGAUUCCCCCAAACCAUGAUUUUCCUGGUAUUCCGGGAUUUCCUUUCUGGCCUUCCAGUGACUGCUCUGACAUAGAGCACUGGGCUAGAUUCAGUCAUUUUCCCAUACAGUAGUGUCAGUAUGUUCCAAAAUUCCCAUAUUCCCUGAUAUUCCAGGUGUCUCGUUAACUUUGGUCUCGUUAAUAUUUCCCAGAUUAUAGUGUAAAAUUCCCAAACGUUCCAACAUUCCCUGAUAUUCCUGUUAUUCCGGGUCUUCCUUCCCUCAGGGAUUCCCUGGCAGUCCAGCUGGAGGUGAGCCUGACCAAGGCAGACUCUGAGCAGCUGGCGCGCUCCAUCGCAGAGGAGCAGUACUCCGAUCUGGAGAAGGAGAAGAUCAUGAAGGAGCUGGAGAUCAAGGACAUGAUGGCCCGACACAGGCAGGAGCUAGGAGACAAGGAGGCCACCAUCGGCUCGGUGAGGGGGUGGGGGGGAUUGGGUAGAGAGAGAGUCAGAGCAGGGAGGAAGAGAGACAGACAGAGAGAGGGAGAGAUACAAAGAGAGAGACUGAGGCUUGAGUUCAAUCAGUGAAAUUAGAAUGUUGUCAAAGAGAGGGUGUCACUGAAUACUGUUGAGACCCCUCCCCCACUGUACUUAGUGUCUGUAAUGCUCACCUGUCAUCUGCUGCCCCCUACAGCUGGAGGAGUCCAACCGCACCCUGACCGUGGACGUGGCCAACCUGGCCAAUGAGAAAGAGGAGCUCAAUAACCAACUGAAGGAGAUGCAGCAACGUGAGUAGCCCCCCCCCCCCCCCUACCCCUACCCCUACCCCUACCUCUCCCUACCUACUUUGAGCCCAGGUCCACAGUGUCAAGAAUGUUACAGAAAUGUUUGUUCUUGGUUUGGUGAUGGAGGAUUCCAUGUACUCUCAAGGUCAUCACAGUAUCCAGAAUGUUACAUAGAUGUGGUGAGAAUGCUUUGUGCUGUCCAGAACACUCUAGGGAUGUUGUCAGAAUGUUUGGUAUUGGUUUGGUUCACAGAGCUCCAGAAGGCCAGGGAGGAGGAGAGACAUAUGAACAGCGUGAAGAUGUCCUUCGAGAAGCAUCUGCAGACGGAAAGAACGCUUAAGAUACAGGUGAGAGACUGUUUGGAUGUGUAUCACGUGAUUUAGCUGGCUAGUAAGCACUGGUUAGCUACAAUGAGUGUCGCUGCAAAAGUAGUGUCGCCCUUUCCCAACCAAGACCAUGUUAUUGGUAUGGUAAUAGUGAGCAUAACACGUUAGCUCCUGGAGUACAACGUUUCAGGGGGUUCAUGGUCCUGGGUUCAGCAGAACAGAUACAGAACUCAAAUGUUACAUAUUAUGCAUCUAUCUAUUCAGUGAAUAUAUAGGGUCAGUUGCCUAGUCCCGGACUAAAAAACUAUAUAGAAUCUCCAUCAGAAACGCUUUUUGUUCCAGGACUAGGCUGAAUCUGGGAAACCAGCACAUAAAGUAUUUUUCAUUGAGAAUAUACACUGAGUGUACAAAACAUUAGGAACACCUGCUCUUUCCAUUUUUUUUUCUUUUUUGUCAUUUAGCAGAUGCUCUUAUCCAGAGCGACUUACAGUUAGUGAGUGCAUACAUUAUUAUUUUUGCAAUUUUUUAUUUUUUCAUACCGGCCUCCCAUGGGAAUCGAACCCACAACCCUGGCAUUGCAAACGCCAUCCCUGCCGGCCAAACCCUCCCCUACCUUGGACGACGCUGGGCCAAUUGUGCGCCGCCCCAUGUCUCCCGGUCGCGGCCGGCUACGACAGAGCCUGGAUUCGAACCAGGAUCUCUAGUGGCACAGUUAGCACUGCGAUGCAGUGCCUUAGACCACUGCGCCACUCGGGAGGCUUCCAUGACAUACACUGGCCAGUUGAAUCCAGGUGAAAGCUAUGAUCCCUUAUUGAUGUCGCCUGUUAAAUCCACUUCAAUCAGUGUAUAUGAAGGGGCAAGAAUGUGUGCCAUUCAGAGGGUGAAUGGGCAAGACAAAAUAUUUAAGUGCCUUUGAACGGGGUAUGGUAGUAGAUGCCAGGAGCACCGAUUUGAGUGUGUCAAGAACUGCUACGCUGCUGGGUUUAUCACGCUCGAAUGUUUCCCGUGUAUCAAGAAUUGUCCACCACCCAAAGAACAUCCAGCCAACUUGACACAACUGUGGGACGCAUUGUAGUCAACAUGAGCCAGCAUCCCUGUGGAAAGCUUGACACCUUGUAGAGUCCAUGUCCCAACGAAUUGAGGAUGUUCUGAGAGCAAAAGGUGGUGCAACGCAGUAUUAGGAAAGUGCUCCUAAUGUUUUGUACACAGUGUAUAUUGCGGUGUGUUGUCCAUUUCUGUCCCCAUAACCUAUUGUAUGGCCGUAUCCACCAGGCGGUCAACAAGCUGUCUGAAAUCAUGAACCGGACGGAGACGAUGCGUACGGGUCACCGCCGCGACGAAACCCUGGACGUGCGCAGGAAGGAGAAGGAGAACAGGAAGCUACAGCUGGAGCUGAGGUCGGAGAAGGAGAAACUCAACAGCACCAUCAUCAAGUACCAGAGAGAGAUCAACGACAUGCAGGCGGUCAGUCUAAAACACAACCACAACCUUACACUAACCAUCACACAACCACUUAAACAGGUAGUCGGUCCAACCAAAACACAACCACAACCUUAUGCUAACCAUCACACAACCUUAUACUAACCAUCGCACAACCACUUAAACAGGUUGUCAGUCCAACCAAAACACAACCACAACCUUAAACUAACCAUCAUCACACAACCACUUGUUGCUGUGAACAUUUACUAUAAGAGCAUUUCACAUUUUGUUAUUACUAGGCAGUGCUGUGGGAAGAAAGUGAGGCCAGUUGGCUGGAAUGGCCUCCCAAAGUCACAUCGAUAUAAAGACACCAGUAAAUACUACCUACUUGACGCUACUUCAGCUAAAAGUGUGUGUGUGUGUGUGUGUGUUUCCAUCAGUGGAAGGUGCUGAGGGGAGGACAGGCUUGUGGUAAUGGAAUGGCAUCAAACAUAUGGAAACCAUGUGUCUGAUACCAUUCCACCUAUUCCGCUCCAGCCAUUACCACGAGCUCUCCUCCCCAAUGUAGGUGCCACCAACCUCCUCUGGUUUCCAUCUGUACUGUAGGUGUUAUCAGACGAGAGCCAGGUACGCAUCGAGCUGCAGAUGGCCUUGGACAGUAAGGACAGUGACAUUGAGCAGCUGCGCUGUCAGCUGACCUCUCUUAGCAUCCACUCUAUAGACUCCACCAGCAUCAGCAGCGGCAACGACCUGGACAUGGACGACAGCUGUCACCCAGGUAAGACCACUCUCACACCCCUCACUUUAACACUGGCCACUUAACUCUUAAAGUCGAAACCCUUAAUAGGCAGGUGUUACAUUUAUGUACUCAAAUGUUCAGUGUUUUGACUUGAGCGUUAAAUAAUUCAUAUUUAACAUUCAAGUCCCCUGUAGCUCAGUUGGUAGAGCAUGGCGCUUGCAACGCCAGGGUUGUGGGUUCAUUUCCCACGGGGGGCCAGUAUGAGAAUGUAUGCACUCAAAAUGUAUGCACUACUAAAAUGUAAGUCAAAGCACUGAACACUCCUCUCUAUCAAUCCCUCUAUCCUUCCCUAUCUCUCUGUCUCAACACAGUUUUCCUCACGCCUUGAUUUUCCCACCUGUCACUCCUUUAUUGACUUUCCCACCCCUUCUUUCACUGUGCCUAAACAUCUGCUUUGAAUACACCUUUAAUUCCUUAUUCUUGCAUUUUUUCCCUUUCUUUCUUUCCCUUCAAUAUCCACUCCCUCGCUCCCUCUCUCUCUGUCUGUUGUGAUGGCGUUUUGUGCAUCAGUCACUCCCACACCUCCGAGUACAUGUCCUUUCACUACCAGCGCAGGCAGAAAUCUGUCAGCAUUGCCAGCCGGCCCUCCUUUAGAGUGGCUCACCCUCUCUUUGUCUCCGACUCUGAGAAUGAGGAUCAGGUAGAGGAAGAGUAUAAAGGAAAUUAUCGGCGGUUAGAACAUGGCCGCCGACCUUUGACCCUCACCUAUGAGCAGCUGUCUCCAGAGCCUGACUGCAGCGGUGCAGGUGACCCCGCAUGGUGGUUCAAAGUUCAAACGCAACGAAGCUAGUUGCCAAAAUACGCAUCCUCUCUAUCCCGCCUCGGCAGUCUGUCUGUCUGUAACACUCCCGGCAGUGACUCUGCAGUGCUACUAAUAGUGGUUGGUGUAUCACAGCUGUGUGCGGAACGUCGCAGCCUAACAUUGUGUGGCCCCUGUUAACCUUGAGUCUAGUCAACUCAAACUAUGUGGACUGUCAAAGCUUUUCCCGUUUUUAAUAGAUCCAGUGUAGGGAUCGUGAGCUGCAUCUCAAAUGGCUCCCUAUUCCUUAUAUAGUGCACUACUUUGUCCAGAAAUGGCACCAUUUUGGAUAAGGAAUAGGGUGCCUUUUUUUUUUUUUUCAGGCACCAUUAGUAGAUUCAUUUAGAAAAAUACAAACCUUUGUAGGGAAGGCAUGUAAAAGAUGUAUAGGGAUAAUUAGCUACAGAGCAUUACAUGAUGCAUGCAACACGUUUCCACAAAAACGUUUUAAAAGGUUGAAACAAUGAAGUGUGGAUCCUAACAUCAGCUCUCUGCAGUAUGUAACAGAGCUGUAAUGAAGCUCUUAUGAAGCAAUAUUCAUGUACUUCCUGUAUGCAAAACAGAUACCAGGCUGGAGGGCUGGCUUUCACUUCCUGUGAAGAACACCAAGAGAUUUGGAUGGGAUAGAAGGGUAUGGUGCCCCUUCUGGCUCUCUGACUAUACUGUACCUGAUUAUUGGUCUUUAUUGAUUAUUCCACUGACACAUGAGUCCUACUGUGUGAUUUUGGCUUUUGCCCUGCUCUCUCUCUCUCUCUCUCUCUCUCUCUCUCUCUCUCUGACAGUACGUGGUGGUAAGCAGUAAGAAGAUCUUGUUCUACAAUAGUGAGAUGGACCGAGAGCAGUCCAACCCCUACAUGAUCCUAGACAUUGAGUGAGUCACAAACCUUGUUUGUCCUCAUUUGACCUUUUUUUCUCACCUGUGAGACUGCUUCUAUUGAGAUGAACUUUUUUUUCUUUCUAUUGAGAUAUCAUUUUACCCUUCUUUCCUCCAUGCAGUAAGCUGUUCCAUGUCCGACCGGUCACUCAAACAGACGUUUACCGUGCUGACAGCAAAGAAAUACCCAGGAUAUUCCAAGUGACAAUUCAAAUUGACAUCAAUAUCUUUUCUUCGAGACUUUCAACAGAAUCCUCAGUUACAGAAACGUAACAUAUUCUCUGCUCCUUACUCCUCUUCCCUCUCUUCCAUCUCUCCCCCGCACAGAUCCUGUACGCCAAUGAGGGCGAGAGCAAACGGGAGCAGGAGUUUGCGGUGGAGCCGGUGGCACUGGCGGGCGAGCGCUCGUCCUACGUCAUGCACAAGGGUCACGAGUUCAUCCCCACGCUCUACCACCUGCCGUCGAGCUGUGAGGCAUGCACGCGGCCCCUGUGGAACGUGUUCAAGCCGCCACCAGCGCUUGAGUGCCGCCGCUGCCACACCAAGUGCCACAAGGACCACUUGGACCGGAAGGAAGAGGCCAUCGCCCCCUGCAGGGGUCAGUAAGAGGGGAAUGGUCACAAUAUUUAACCCUCCCUUGCCUCCCACGUUCCAUAAAACUGUCACGUACGUCAGGGUAAGGAGUAGACCAAGGCGCAGCGUUGCAGGCAAACAUACUCAUUUAUUGAGCGAAACGCGAACAAAACAACAAAAGACGGAAACGUGACAGUACACGGUAUAACACAACCAACUUGAAACAAGAACCCACAAAACACAAAGGAAAACCGACAGUUUAAAUAUGGCUCCCAAUCAGAGACAACCAGCAAACAGCUGACACUCGUUGCCUCUGACUGGGAGUCACUCAGGCCAACCUAGACAUAGAACAACUAGACACUCAAACACAGCACAUAAACACACGGAAUCUACACACCCUGACUCAACAUAUAAAGUCCCCAGAGCCAGAGUGUGACAGUACCCCCCCCCCCCCAAAGGCGCGGACCGCGACCGCGCCUCAACAAAACCCCAAACAGGGGAGGGCUGGGUGGGCAUUCCUCCUCGGAGGCGGCUCCGGCUCCGGGCUUGACCACCACCCCUCCAUAAUUCCCCCGUAGCGCCCCUGGUCCGGUCUGACCCCGCUGGCUGGAUCUGGACCGGACAUCGACGGAGCGGAUUGCUUACGCUCCGUUGUGGAGCAGCUGACCGGUACCUGAUCAGGCACCAGACUGACGACGCGCACCCCUGGCUUGGCGCGUGAGGCAGGAACGGACCGGACCUGGCUGACGACGCGCCCCCCUGGCUUGGUGCGUGGAGCAGCAACGGACCGGAACGGGCUGACGAUACGCACCCCUGGCUUGGUGCGUGGAGCCGGAACGGGCCUCACCGGACUGACGACUCGCACCCUUGGCUUGGUGCGUGGAGCAGCGACGGGCCUUACCAGGCUGACGACUCGCACCCCGGGCUUGGUGCGAGUGGCAGGAACGGGCUGGACCAGGCUGACGACUCGCACCCCUGGCUUUGUGCGAGUGGCAGGAACGGGCUGGACCCGGCUGACGACGCACACCGUAGGCUUGGUGCGUGGAGCAGGGACAGGCCGGGCUGGGCUGGCGACGCACACCGUAGGCUUGGUGCGUGGAGCAGGGACAGGCCGGACCGGGCUGGCGACGCGCACCGUACACUUGGUGCGAGGGGCUGGAACAGGCCGGACCGUACUGGGUACACACACCACUGGCUCUACCUCGGGAUCUGGAACGGGCCGGACCGGACUGGUAACACACCCCAGUACCUCUCGCCGUGCCUCUACACCUUCCCUCCCUGCUUUGACCAGUGGCCCCCGUAACCUGGUGGCCUUCUGAAUCCGGCCCUUUUCUGCCUCCGUCAGCCCCGUCGUCCAUGCCAUGUGCCCCCUCCUAAAAUUUUUUUGGGGUUGCCUCUCGACCAUCCAACGCUGACACUGCUUACGCCGUUGCUCCUCUCUCCGUCGCCUCUCAAUUGUCUCACUCCAUGGCCGGCGAUCCAUCCCGGCCAGGAUCUCCUCCCAGGUCCAGGACCCCUGCCCGUCCAAAAUCUGUUCCCACGUCCAGGCUGCUGAUUCCUGGACACGCUGCUUGGUCCUUUUAUGGUGGGUUCUUCUGUCACGUACGUCAGGGUAAGGAGUAGACCAAGGCGCAGCGUUGCAGGCAAACAUACUCAUUUAUUGAGCGAAACGCGAACAAAACAACAAAAGACGGAAACGUGACAGUACACGGUAUAACACAACCAACUUGAAACAAGAACCCACAAAACACAAAGGAAAACCGACAGUUUAAAUAUGGCUCCCAAUCAGAGACAACCAGCAAACAGCUGACACUCGUUGCCUCUGACUGGGAGUCACUCAGGCCAACCUAGACAUAGAACAACUAGACACUCAAACACAGCACAUAAACACACGGAAUCUACACACCCUGACUCAACAUAUAAAGUCCCCAGAGCCAGAGUGUGACAAAAACUCUAUGAACCCAGUGUUGUUCAGCCAUAGAGUUCUAAAACCCAGAGCCACUUUCCCGUUUAGGUUUUAUAUUUCUGUGGGUGAACGCCACUGGGUUCAUAGGGUUUUAUGGGCAUAUGGGCAAGCGAGGGUUAAAUAUUAUUUAGGCGUUUUCGAACAAUAGGAAUUACUGUUUAGAAUGUUAGUCCCCCUUGAACAUUGCCACUUUAGCGAUUUGUAUUAUUAAGACAGUCAAGUUAAAGCACAUUUUGGUAGGCAUACAUAUUAGUCAGUUUUCUUUAAAUAAAUUGUUUACCUGUAUUAGUGGAUUCGCUAACUUCAACCCUCCUCCCUCCUCAGUGAACUACGACAUAUCCACGGCCAAAGACCUACUCCUAUUGGCCGGCUCUCAGGAGGAGCAGCAGCGAUGGGUCAGCCGGCUAAUCAAACGCAUCCCCCGGAAACACCCUGGCCCCGCCCCCGCCUCCGUGGCCCAAGCCCCCGAGCCACCCUCCCACUCCUCCCCCCGACUCUCCCCCGAUGCCUCCCCCCGCAACUCCCCGAGCCUGUCCCCCCACCGCGGAGCCGUCAAGGUCCAGCCUAGUCGCCAGCAGACUCAGCCUGCAGGGAAGUCCAGGUAA